GGGGCGGGUCGCCCUGCCUCCACGGAGUCGGGGGUCCGGGUGAGCCGCCGUUGCCGGCCGGCUGGAGGCGGAGGAGGCGCUGCCCGCCCCUGCCCGCCUGCCUGCCCUCCCGCAGCGAUGUCCCUGCUGGCCCCCGAGAACGCCCUGCCGGAGCCCCCCGACAAGAGGUUGCAUUCCAGGUAGGGCAGAGUGGGGGCUGGACUGACAGCCGAGGCGAGGCGAGGGGCGCCUCCUCCUCCUCUUCCUCCUUUUCGCUGCCCCCCUCAGCGCUUUGCGUUCAGGGGCGAAAGCUUGCUGGGUUCCAGGAGACAUGGGGCUCCUCCCCGCUCGGGCCUUGGGAGGUUUUCCAGGAAAGAAGGUUGCCUCCCUCGCCCUCCGGGCUGGAGGCAGCCCCCUCCCCGUUUCCCCUCUGCGGGGUCUCCCUAACCCCAGGACCGUCUGCAUCUCGCGUGCUCUCUGCGUGGUUCUCAGCCAUUAUUAGGAAAUUGGUCUAUUUCCUUUUGGGGUGUGUGGAGGGAAGUGUCAUCUAGUUUCCCAAGGAACUCUGUUGCUGGCUGCAAUAGGUAGCCAAGGGUCUGCCGAGUCGGACCGCUGCAGGUUCCAGCACUCACUGGCAGCAGCUAUCCGGAGUUUCGGACAGAGGAAACUCUUCCCCCCUCCAAAAAAUAUAAAGUAAGGUUCUGCUUCUCCUGGGAUGAAUUAAAUAGGAACAAAGGAUUGCACCUUCUACCGAGCCAGACUGCCGUCCCAUUUAGCUCAGUGUAGUCUACUACACAGAAUGGCAGUGGCUCUCAAGAGUUUCAGGCAGUGGGGCGUGCUCAGACCUUCCUCUGAAAAGUAUAGUGAAGUUCUAGUCCUCAUGGUUCCAAAUAAAGGACUGAAUUAAACAGGAAACAUAGGGGCCUUUGACACCCUAGCUUAUGGGUGCACCACUGGGGAUGCUUUGCAGCCCACGGUGACCCCCAAAAUAAAUUGGGUGAAGCAGGGCUGGACAGCAGUGGGGAUCCAGAGGUGCUUGACUUUUUCUUAGGAUGUCCUAAUGAGAUCCUGGAGUCAUAGGCUGCACCUGCAUUUAAAGUGCUGCAAUACCACUUUAAGACAGCUUCCCCUAAAAACUCCCGGGAAUUGUAGUUUAAGGGUGCUGAGAGUUCUUAGGAGAUUCCCCCAUACCCAUCCCAGAGCUGCAGAACCUACAGUACCCUGGGGAAGAAUUAAACCACACUGGGAACUCAAAACCCCUGAACAAACAACGGUUCUCAUUAUUCUUUUUUGGGGGGGGGGGGAGAGCCACAGCUGUUUAAAAUGGUAUAUAAUCCUGCUUUAAAUGUCUAGUGCUGGCAAGGCCUCAGAAAAACUGCAGGUGUAUAUCUGUGAUUCUUGCAUUCCAGGAGGUUGAACUAGAUGACCCUUGGGUGUCCCUUUCAGCUCCAUGAUUCCAUGAUGAUUAAGGGCCUGAUUUUGCAGAGUCAGAAAUGCUGGGGUGUGCUUUAAUUGUGUAUUGCAGUGGAACUCCAGGAUUUCUAAAAAGGCCUUGGGUGCUGGGUCUGGGUCCAGGGUAAGACCACCCUGCAAGGGGGGUUGGGGGUUGGUAGAGAGAGCAUAGCCAUUGUGGCUAGUAUCCAUUGAUAGCCUUGCUUGCCCUCUGCCAUGUCACCUCUUCCCUCUCUUUUUCUCUGCCUGGAACCCCAGAGAGCUGUUGAUGCUGCCGGCCAGAGCAGGAAAUGCUCAUUUGCAUAGGAAGCCCAGCAUUACUUACUUUGACCAUCAGCAGCUCUCUGGGUGAAGUCCUAGUCCUCAUAGUUCUGAAGAAAUCAGAACCUGGGGUGUUCUGUAUGCAGCACAGAUAUUCUGCCACUGAGCUACAGCCCUUCUAGGUCAGAAUGAGUCGACGGCCUGCGUUCCUGUGCCAUUUGGAAGCCAUUUGCCAUGGCCAGAGAAGCCUAGACCAGGGCUACUACCUCGCUGCUGGAUCAGGCAGCUGUUUCUCUGGGCCACAAGCUGCUUUGCUGCCCCACCCCAAGGCCCAGAAACCACAACCAUGUUGGAUUUGGAACCUGGUCCCUAGAACGUGGGCUCCUCGGGGGGGAAAGAAUGUCAGGCGGGAACGGAGGCGAGCAACCACUUUUGGAAGGGACCAGUGUUUCCUUUUCCUUUGCAAUCCUCUACUUAGUGAAAAUAAAAUUACAGGGUUCAUUCCAGGGACCUGCAGUGAGGCAGCUUCUGGAUUUACAAGAUUUGCUAGGAGAGGAGAGUCCAUGAUCCCCAAGGCCCCGUGCAAUGCUUGCCUGAUACUGGAGCAUAUUUCUCUCUCCUGUUAUAAUUCCUGGCUCCCCUUUAAACAGAAAAAUAAUUACGGGGGGGGGGGGCGAGGGGAGUUUUUUAAAGAAGAGUCUGCUGGAUCAGUCCAGCAUCCUGUCCUCACAGUGGCUGAACAGUUGCCUGGGGAAACCUGCAAUCAGGACCCGAGCACAAGAGCAACACUCCUCUCCUGCGUUUCCCAGCAACUGCUGAGAAGCAUCACUGCUUCUAACUCUGGAGGCAGACAAUAGCCAUUGCGGCUAGUAGCCUUGACAGCCUUCGCCUCUUCCAAGAAAUUACCUAAUCCUGUUUCAAAACCAUCCAGGAUGGAGGCCAUACUGCCUCCUGCAGGAGGGAGUUCCAUAGUUUUGGGCCAACAACGUUCCAUCACGGGAUGUGAGUUACUUAUCUGAUUGUGUGUAUGUGUGUGUGUUUUAAAAAAAUAUAGAUGGGUUUUUUAAUGGCUUUCAGGACAGAUAAAAGAAAGGGCUUCUUCACGCAGCAAAUAGUUAAAUUACGGAACUGUCUCCUGCAGGAGGAAAUGAUGGGCACCAACUUGGGUGGCAUUAAAAGAGGAUUAGGCAGAUUCACAGAGGAGAAAGCUAUCUGUGGCUGCUUGCCAGGAUCCCAGAUGUUGGAAACUGCAGGAGGGGAGAGUUGCUCUUGUGCUUGAAUCCUGCUGCCCAUAAUGGGCAUCUGGUCCUCCGCUUAUGUGGAGAGGAUGUGAGGGUAGAUGGACCACUGGCCUGAUCCAGUAGGGUUCUGCUCUUUUGGAACCUCCAGGUCCAGAGGUAGCUUAACUGAAUUCCUAGCUUCUAUGGGGCAUUUGGCCACUGUGAAGAAAGGAUGCCAUUGGCUUGAUCCAGCAGGCCUUAAGUUCCUCUUGUUUGCAUUGGUGCUGUUCCUACCCCCAGCCCUUUCCAGAUCCUUCCACGUCUCUUGCGUAUUGAGCAGCUUCUGAAGGAGCUUGCACGAAGCCGGAUGCAAAUCUUCGCACGAUUUAAACAAAGAAGAGUGAAGCAAACACAUGCAGGCCACUCAUCCGAGCUGGGAACAGAGAUGGCAUUAUGGGAUUCCGGGGGAUGGAUGCACAGGGUGGGCAGAGGAGCAUUCCCAGAAGCAUGUUGGCAGCAUCAGAGAAACAAUAGUGUCUUUAAGAAAUGUGGACAGAAGACAGGCUCUUGUCAGAAUUUGGCCGGCUGGGAAAGGGUCAACAGGGUGACUCUGUCAACUUCAGUUUGUCUGGAGUUUCGUAUUUCCCUUCUCUUAUCUUUAUGAGUUUACUCCUGCAUUGCAGGGGGUGGGGCUAGAUGACCCUUCAGUUCUACAGUCCCAUGAGCCUGUUGACGUAAAUGCAACAAAUGCAAUGGGGAGGAAAAAGAAGUGCAAAAAAAAGCAGUGUGUGAUAUCUGGGAGAGACUUCCUAUUAGGUUGAGAGAGGACUUAAGGCCAUUGGCUGAACUAAAUUUAAUGUUGUACUGUGGAGAGGGAGUCCUCUGUGUCUGUAUUUAGAACCACAGAACUAGAGCUGGAAGGGACACCCCCCCCCCGCCGCCGCCAAAGCUCAUCUAGUUCAAUGCCCCACAAUGCAGGGAAUCACGACCAAAGCGUCCAACCUCUUUUUAGAGAUCUCCAAUGAAGGAGAGUUCACCACCUUAUGAGGUCAUGGAAUCAUCCACUUGCAGAGUUGAGGGAACCCCAGAACAGUCCAGCACUCUGCAAUGCAGGAAUCACAGCUAAAUCACAGCUACUUGUGACAUACAGUGGUACCUCGGGUUACAUGCACUUCAGGUAACAUGCGCUUCAGGUUACAGACUCCACUAACCCAGAAAUAGUACCUCGGGUUAAGAACUUUGCUUCAGGAUGAGAACAGAAAUCACGCUCCGGCGGCGCAGCGGCUGCAGGAGGCCCCAUUAGCUAAAGUGGUGCUUCAGGUUAAGAACAGUUUCAGGUUAAGAACGGACCUCCGGAACGAAUUAAGUACUUAACCUGAGGUACCACUGUAUAAAACAAAAUCCUGCCAAAAGAGCACAUAACUUUCCAGGACCCUCCAAGCCUUUUGGCAACACUUGUUGUUGUUGUUGUUGUUGUUGUUGUUGUUGUUGUUGUUAUCACCAUCCUCUUAUUUCAUUUCAUAAUGUAUGUAAAACAGAGAACCAUUAUAACAACAGAUGAAAAUUAAAAGAUGGAAAAACAAAACUAUAAGGCACGUAGAAUGAGUACAGUUGCACAGGUAGCAAAGUUCCAGUAAAGAAUAAUAGAAUUGGAAAGGAUCCCAAGGGUCAUCUAGUCCAACCCCUGAAAUGCAGGAAUAUCAGCAUUAUGAGAUUAUCAAGUCUAGUUCCAGAUUUGCCAGGCUUGGGAUGAAGGUUGCCUUGAAAAUGAAAUGUCCGCUGUAUAUGUCCUAAAAGAAUGCCAAACUCUGUAUAAAGUGCCUGGCGGUUCUAGUCCUCAUUGAUAUCAAAUUAGGUGUCAUUUUCUCUAUUAUAGCUAUAUUCCAGAGUGAGUGGUUCCAAGGGCCCUGUGUAAGAUUUUGGGCUGUUUUCCAAUGAUCUACCCCAUCGUUUUGGAGGUGAGGCGGCCAGGACUUUUGUCCCCUUUUGCAGGGCUGUGUUUACUCUGGGGAGGAAGGAAGGCUUGCGCAGCGAAGUCUGUUGAGCAUCUGGUUGCCAUUAAAGACCCAAGUGGGAGCUGAGUGCCUCAGAGAGAGGAACAGGAGAAGCUCCCCCCUGUAAUUAUCUGGAGCAAAUCCUGACCAUGUGAUCUGCAAACGGAUGUACAGGGCCUGGACGCCGUGUUCCCGGCGAGAUGAAAAGAGCAGCUCCCUGGCAGCCGGCCGGACUUGGCGAGGGCUGUCAUCAUGGAUGGAUUGAGCCCAGCCAGAAGCCAGCCCAGGCACCACUCUCUGGGUUGCCGUGGUUAGCUAAUACAGCUUCUGAUUCCUCACACUCAGAGGAGCGGCCCAGAGGUUGCUUGGUGUUGCAGAGGCUGCUUUCGGGAGUAACCAGAAAGCUGGAGGACCAAUUUUCAGCAUCCUUAAGAAAAUGCCGUCCAGUCCAGUAUCCACUUCUCAAAGUUUCCAAAUGCCCCUAAGAGCCUAGGAGUCCAGAUAGACUGCCUCUGGGCCUGGAAGAUAAACCCUGGGGCUAGUAACCAUUGAUGGCCUUCUCCAUGAAUUUGUCCAAUCCUUUUUUAAAGCCAUCUAGUUUGGUGGCCACCACUGCCUCCGAAGGCAGUGAGUUCCACAGUUUAACUGUGCAUUGUGUGAACAAGAACUUCCUUUUGUCUAUCCUGAAUCUGAAUGAUGACCUUCUGCUAUUUCCCUUCUGGGCCACACAUGGCUUGCAAGUAAGUCCCCUUUCCCGUGACCUUGAGGCACCCUCCUCCAUUUCCCUUCCCCAUGGGGGUUGCAAUCAAUCAAUUCCCCAUCUCGCGCCAACCUCUGUUACUCAACAGUGAACUCUGUGUUUGAUCAACACAGCUUGUUGAGGUUAAUCGAUUUUGGCUAAUGUGACACCCAAUGAACUGUCUUCUUUGCUGUGCUUGGAAGUCCUCAUUUGCCAUUUAUUUUAUUUUUAAAAUUAACACCCUGCCUUUCUGCUUGAAGGACGAGCUUCCAGAGCGAUGCACAAUGAUGGAUAAUCAAAACGUGUUAGACAACAGCAGGUGAAAAGGAAAAGACAGCAAUGAGUUAGUAAAAACAUACCAUUUCAUUUCUUCAAUUUAUAUACCACCUUUAAUCAAAAGGCACAAAUCUCAGUAUCUAUACAUGUUGAUAAUGUGAUCUUGGCAGCACACAUCGUCAUGGGAACUCAAUGGAAAAAAGCCCAAAAUCUGACAUUGGGCAUUUGGGAUCACUCACAAUGGACUAUAGCUGUAACAGAGAAAAUUGCACUUAACUGAGAUUUUGAUGAGGACUAGAACCUCCAGACACUUUCUAAAUGAUUUGGCAUUCUUUUAUGAAGCCAUCAUUUUCAAAAGCAACCCUUUUCACAAUCCUGGCAUAUCUGGAACAAGAUUCAGUCAUCAAAUAUGCUGAUAUUCCUGCAUUUUCAAGGGUUGGACAAGAUGACUUUUGGGAUACUUUCCGAUUCUGUAUUCUUUCCUGAGACUUUGUUAUUUUAACCCCUGUGCUACUAGACUCGUUCUACAUUCUAGUUUUAUGGUUUUGCUUUUUCAUCAUCCUUUAAUUUUCAUCUGCUGUUCUCAUACAUUUAUAUACGGUGAUAUAUAUAUAUAUAUAUAUAUAUAUAUAUAUAUAUUCCAGAAAUAUCCAGAUGUCAGUGCACAAAAAACUUAAACAAGAUAAAAACCCAAACAAUUCUAUCUUCCGGGGUGGCGCCUCCGGAAAAUGGCGGAAUUCCCUUCGGACUGAAGGGAACCCGCUGCACGGAGGCUUGGGUCCUGCCGCUACGGCGCAGCGGGGACCCGCAAAAACCACAGGCGGAAGAAGCCUGUGGACGUGGGACUCGGCGGGCACCGAGAGCGCUCUCUCCCCUGGUACAGGAGCCCGGUAACGGGCUCCGGAGUGGGAGGUGCGUGGUGCUGUGAGUCGUCUGCUUCCUCCGUGCAGCAAAGCCGCACUGCCGUUAUCGGAGAGCGCUGCCUUUUCCUGGACAAUUUGGCAUCUAAAACAUCUAUCCGUGAGUACCUGAUCUUAGAAGAGCUGAACCACUUUUAAGACUGGUGAAUAAACAAACAAUAUUGGACUUGAAAUUGAACUUAAUUGGGACUCGGAAUGGGAAGGUCUAAACAGGAAGUCGCCUUCCGUUCUUUUGUUGUGUGAAGAAAGCAAAGACAAAAUAUACUAAAGCCUGAAAAUUAAAUUUUAAGAGAACUAGAAUUCAACAUCUAAGAUUUCUGAACCCCCCCUUUGACAGCAGGAGAAAAAGGGGGUUGUAUUUGGACCUUUCAAUCCUGCGGAAGUGAGUUUAAAAUAAAGCAAUUUUCCACCGCCCUGAACCAGGAGCGGGCUGUCAGAAUUGACGUUCUGAAGUUUAUCCAGCUCGACAGUUAGUUAAAAGAAGGGUAACAUUUUGAUUCUACUGUUGCCUCUUGAAUUUGGAAGGGGGAAUUUUGGAUAAAGUGUUUCUGGAAAAAGAAAGAUUGUUGCUGUUGCUUUUAUUCCUUUUAAAAAAAAAAAUUCCAUCUAGUGGAAUUUAGUGAAAUUGCAACGCAGUGAGAUUAAAAGAGAAGGACUAUUGGACUACUCUCGUGGGAAAGAAUUUUCUUUGACCUUGAAGGACAAUGCUAGUACAAAGGCUUGAACAAUUGUUCCUGGAAGGUUUUUCAAAACUAAGUGCCCAGCUGGACCAGAUGCGUCAGGAGACGACCUUGAGGAUGGAAGUUACCAGAGCACAGCAGCAAACAAAUGAAAUUCAGUUAAAGGCUAUACAAGCAUAUGAACCUGCUGUAGUGAUGGAGGCUUCAGAGAUGGAGGGACCUUUGGACGGGCAAGAUCAGCCUUUGAACUUGAUAAAUGAACUUGGGACAAACCAGAUUCGGAAAGAUGAAAUGUGGUCAGAUUUGGAAAUGGGGGAUGGAUCGACCCCCUCCAUAUGGUUAUUUGGACCUUCCGAGUCUGGUGAUGGGCUAUCAGAGGAUUGGAGUAGCCGAAGUCUCCAAGCUUUGUGGAAAUUUGAAGUGGUAUUAUUUGCUGUCUGGCUUGGGCAAUGGGUUUGGGAUGGACUUGCUGCAAAGGGUCAAAAGCAUUUUCUUGCUGGAGCAUCCACGACUGGAAAGGAAUCAUCAACAAGAGUGGCGAAAGGGGCAAGAAAGAGACUUGAGGGCCUCGGAUACGAGACAACCAGGUUAAGGGAGGUUAAAAGGACUGACAAUCCCAGGUCCAGGGGAGGGGGGUUGGAAGCUGACUGGACUGAAUUUGACUUAUUAAUUUUUCUUUUCAUUUUUUAAUAUUGGGAAUGCUUACAAAUGUUUGAAGGAUGUUGAAUGAAAUUACAUGGCUUAAGUAAGGAUUGGUAAAUGAUUCGUAAAAAGGUAAUGAUGCAAGAAUUUGGUAAAUAUUGAAUAUAAGCUAUGAGUUUUAAAGUUUUUAUAUGACAAGAGGGAAAAUAGAAUAAGGAAACGUAAUGACAGAUUGUUAUGAAAAACAGAAAGGAUUUGCUGUAAAAAUUAAAAAUUAAGAAACAAAAGAGGGGAGGAGGAGGAAGUCUAGAAAGGAAGUCAAUAGAGAUUGUAAAGGACUUUAUAUUUUUGUUUUUCUGUUUCUCUUUUUUUUCUUUCUUUGCGGCUGGGUUUUCUUUUCUUUUUUGUUUAUGCACUAUUUUUGUUUUUUGUAUCCUAAAAUUUUUUUUUUUUGGAAAUUUUUGUUGUUAUUUUUUGAAAAUUCAAUAAAUAUCAAUUAUAAAAAAAAAAAAACCCCAAACAAUUCUAGUAAUAAAUAAUUAUAAUAAUAUAUUUGCUGUACAUGUUUGCCCCCAUAGGAUGGAAGCCUCUUGCUUGGAGGUGGCCCUGGAAGGAGAGUGUUUGUGCAAAGCCGGGGAUUUCAAAGCUGGGGUGGCCUUCUUUGAAGCGGCUGUUCAGGUGGGAACAGAGGACCUGAAGACACUCAGUGCCAUCUAUAGCCAGCUGGGCAACGCCUACUUCUACCUGAAGGAGUAUUCCAAGGCUCUGGAAUACCAUAAACAUGAUCUCACCCUAGCUAGGUAAGUGUCCUGCUGCCAGAAGGAUGUAUUUAUUCUCUCAUUAUGAACAUCGGAAGAGCCCUGCUAGAUCAAGCCAAUGGCCCAUCUAGUCCAGCAUCCUGUUCUCACAGUGGCCAAAUACCCCCAAAAACCUAGGAAUCUAGAUAGUGUGUCUGGAGCUCUUGAGGUCCCAUCAGAGUGUCGGAAGAGCCUGGCUGCUGGAUCAGGCCUGUGGCUUGUCUAGGCCAGCAUCCUUUUCCCAUGACGGCUGAACAAUUACCUCUAGGAGAAAUGAGCAAGCAGGAUCCGAGCACAAGAGACUUCUCCCCUCCCGUGGUCUCCAGAAACUGGUGUUCAGGAAUAUUGCUGCCUUCAUUGUGGCCAGUAUCCAUCAAUAGCCUUCUUCAUCCUUUAAUCUGUCCAGUCCUUUUUUUAAUGCCAUCCAAGUUGGUGGCCAUCACUGUCUCCUGCAGGAAGGAGUUCUGUAGUAUCUGUCCAGCAAUGGUCAGCUUCAUCGGAUGACCAUGAGUUGUGGUGGUAUGAAAGAGGGAGAGAAACUUCUACCUGUCCAAUUUCUCCAUGCCAUGCAUAAUUUUUAUAACUUUCCUGCAUUGCAGGGGGUUGAACUAGAUUUCCCUUCUGAGCUGUAUAUAUUGCCUAUACAGUUAGGACUGGCUGUUAUGCUCAGUUUCCUCGAAAUAAUGGAUAGACGUUUGUGGUGGUGGUGAGAGCAACAAAAAUAUAUAUAUAAAAUACAAAGAUUAUAUAAUUUGCCUACGAAAUCAGCAGCAGGCACCUUCAAUGUAUUCCGUUCAGCACCUGCUGAAAACAUUCAGGUGCUUAGAAAGUGGGUGUGAAUUUUAAUCUGUUUUAGUAUUUUAUCUUUUUGUAUGUUUUGAAGUCUAGUAGUGUCAACUUUUAUUGUUUUACCUUUUUGUAAACAGGUUUGGGGUUUUUUCCUUACAAUCAAGCGUUGUGUAUACAUUUUGUGAAAUAUAUAUUCCACAAUAUUUAAUCGAUAUCUGUUUUUAACUUCUUAUUCUACAAUUUGCGGGGGGGGGGGGGGGCGAGUUGCUGUAAACCAGUUACAUAGUCAGAGGGAAGGGAAGAAAGGACAGGAGGAGACAGAAGGAAGGGAAGGGAAGGGCCCUGUUGGGGUGCUUCAUUCCUUCCCAACCCUGCCUGGGUCUUCUUUGUGGCUUUGCUGGAGUGGAGCCACCCAGAACCGCCUUCUGCUUUCUCUCUACAGGACCACUGGGGACCGCAUCGGAGAAGCCAAAGCCAGUGGCAACCUGGGAAAUACGCUGAAGAUCCUCGGGCAGUUUGAUGAGGCCCUGGUCUGUUGCCAGAGGCACCUGGACAUCUCCCAGGAACUGGGAGACAAGGUACCUGCACACUAAAAAAUAGCAUCACGAAACGGCAGGCGCAGGAGGGGAGAAAUGUUCUUGCCCUCGGGCCCUCCUUGCACAGGGCUCCCUAUGGGGUUUCUGGGUGGCCACCAUGAAGGCACCCCUUGGCCUGAUCCAUCAUGGCUCCUUAUAUGGAUGUCAACAGUGAUAGCAGAGCUUCCAUGCCCAGGGGCAGUCUUGUGAAUGACAAGUCGGGGUGGGUGCUGCUGUUGAGCUCAGGUUCUGAUUGUGGGUUUUCCAUAAUGGCCAUCUGGUUAGCCAAUAAGGACAGGAGGCUGGACUAGAUGGGCCAUUGGCCUGAUCUGGCAGUGGCCAGGCUUAUGCUCUUAUGGCACCUCCAAGUCCAGAGGCAAUCUGUCUCAAUUUCCAGGUUCUUAGGGGCAUUUGGUCACUGUGAGAGGAGGGUGCUGGGCUAUAAUGGCCCGUCUGUGGCCUGAUCCAGCAGCCAGGCUCUCCUUAAGGUUGUCUCUUUUGAUAGCAGACUAUGUAUACGGAACAACUGUGGGAGAGUUGCUUUUGCACUCGGGUCCUGCUUGGGGGCUUCUCUUUGGGGCAUCCGGAUGGCCACUGUGAGGACAGGAUGCUGGACUAGAUAGGCCACUGACCUGGUCCAGCAGGGCUUUUCUUAUGCAUCCAUGCUGAAAUCAACAGGGAUGAGGACCUUGGUCCAUACAACCAGUGUAAGAGAGAAACCCAAGGCAGCAUGAAUACCUUUUCUCCCCCACCUCUUCUAGGUUGGAGAGGCGAGGGCGUUGUACAACAUUGGGAACGUCUACCACGCUAAAGGGAAGCAGCUGUCUUGGAGCUUGCCCCAGGAGCCUAACCACCUGCCCGAGGAAGUCCGGGAGAGUUUGGAGAAGGCGUCCGAAUUUUACGAGUGAGUGACAACCCCUUAUUGAGGCAGUGAGGCUAGAAUUAUAGAACCGUAGAGUCAUCUAGUCCAGCUCCCUCCAGUGCAGCUCCAGUGCACCUGAUGUCCAGCAGAGUCUUUGUAAAAAUGCCCCAUUCUCUUUCAGCCGCACUUCAUUCAAAGAUGCUACCCUUGUUGCUCCCCUGCUGUGCCUCAGUGCCCCCUUUCAUGCGAGAUCUUCAGUCUUUGAGGAUGGCCCCCUCACCAGAAGAGCCUGCUGGAUCAGGCCCAUGACCCAUCUGGUCCACCAGACUGUACUUGCAGUGGCUGAACUGUUGCCUGUGGGGAACUAGCAAGCACCAUUUGCUCACAAGAGCUCUCUCCUUCCUGUGGUUUCCAGCAGCUGCUGUUCAGAAGCAUUACUUCUUCUGACCAUGGAAGCAAAGCAUAGCCAUUGGGGCUGGUUGCCAUUGACAGCCCUCUCCUCCUCCAUGAAUUUGUCUACUCCUUUUGUAAGGCCAUCUAAGUUAGUGGCCAUCGCUGCCUCCUGUGGGAGGGAGUUCCAUAGUUUAAGUAAGAAGUAUUUACUUUUAUCUGUCCUGAAUCUUCCGCCAUUCAGCUUCAUUGGAUGUCCAUCAGUUGUAGUCUUAGGAGAGAGAGAGGAAAACUUUUUUAUAUCUGCUUUCCCUAUGCUAUACAUCAUUUUCUAAACUUCCUGCCCAAAUGCUGCGACCUUUCCUCAUAGGGGAGUCCUCAUUCCAUCCCCUGGAUCAUUUUGGUUGCUCUUUUCCGGACCUUUUCCAAUUCUGCAAUAUCUUUUUCACAAGGGGUUGCUAGAACUGUACAUACCGUAGUAUAUUCCACAUGUGGUCGCCUCAUAAAUUUGUUUAAUGGAAUUAUUAUCCGGGCUGUUUAGUUUCAGUUCCUUUCCUAAUGAUCCCUAGCAUGGAAUUUACCACUCAGUGUGUCAUCUUCAUCAAGCUCUCUGCUAUGACCCCAAGCUCUUCUGGUCUGGCACCGCCAGUUCGGAGGGAUGCGGUUGGCGCUGUGGGUUAAACCACAGAGCCUAGGACUUGCCGAUCAGAAGGUCGGCGGUUUGAAUUCCCGUGACGGGGUGAGCUCCCGUUGCUCGGUCCCUGCUCCUGCCAACCUAACAGUUCAAAAGCACAUCAAAGUGCAAGUAGAUAAAUAGGUACCACUCUGGCGGGAAGGUAAACAGUGUUUCCGUGUGCUGCUCUGGUUCACCAGAAGCAGCUUAGUCAUCCUGGCCACAUGACCCGGAAGCUGUCUGUGGACAAACGCCGGCUCCCUCGGCCAAUAAAGCGAGAUGAGUGCCGCAACCCCAGAGUCGGUCACGACUGGACCUAAUGGUCAGGGGUCCCUUUACCUUUACCUUUACCUUUACCUUUACCUUUACCGCCAGUUCGGACCCCUGGAGCAAGUACAUGAAACUCAGAUUUUUUUGCCCCAACAUGCAUCACUUUACACUUCUUUACAUUGAAUUGCACGUGCCAUUUUGCCUCCCAUUCACUCAGUUUGGAGAGGUCCUUUUGGAGCUCCUUGCUAUCCCUUUGUUUUCAUGACUGCUGUUUUCCCCUCAUUGAUUUUGUGUGUGUGUCACAUUUUUCUUAAGCUUUAAUAUUCUUAAUUGUAAAUUUCACUUUUCCUAUACGUUCCCCUUUUAAAUUUUGACUUCCUGCCGUUUCUUCCAUGCUGCUCUUAAUCCCAUCCCAUUUAUGUACAUAUUAUAAUAAACACUUCACCUAGAACAUAUUACUCUGUUACAUAUAUUAUCAUUUCCCCCGCUGCUCAUAUUUCAAAUCCUGCAUGCGAUUUCAUCUGAUUAUGAUAUUUUUUCUAGAUAUUGCAACAAGGGCUUCCAUUCUCCCAUGCUUUCCUAUUUUUGCUGUUAGUUUUGCCAGUUCCACAUUGUUUCCCCCACAUUUAUUGAUUGCAAAACAAGAACAACAUCAACACAUUUUCCUUUUGUGGGGGAUUCCAGGAAGAACCUCUCUCUUGUGAAGGAGCUGGGGGACAGAGCUGCCCAAGGCCGGGCAUAUGGCAACCUAGGCAACAGCCACUACUUGCUGGGCAACUUCAGUAAAGCCAUCAUCUUCCACAAACAGGUGAGGCUCAGUUGGGCUUUGUGGGGGGGUGAGAGCCUUUCAUUCUGUGGGUCCCUUGAUCCGCCCCCAGCUCCUAUGCUGUGAUCUGAUGACAGGGAAUCUCAGUGUCAAAAUGCAAACAUAAAAUAAAGCCAAAAUGUUUUUCUUUCUUGCUAAAGCACGUUUCUAGUCCUCAUCCAUGCAGAGAGUAACUUGGCCUGGAUUGGCUGAAAGUUCCCAAACUGAAGAGCCUCUGGGCAGAGGCUGUUCACCAUUCCCUUGGAGGGGAGCUGGGCAACACACCCACAUCUCAGUCACGUCCAGCCCUUUCUUCAUGAAUUUGUCCAGUUCUCUUUUAAAGCCAUUCAAGUGUGUGGUCAUCACAGCCUCCUAUGGGACUUCUGUAGUUUAACUCUGCGCUGCCUGAAGAAGUCCUUCCUUUUCUCUGUUCUCCAUUUCUAUGAUUCCCACAUUCAGCUUCGCUGGAAGCCCAUGAGCUGCAGCGUUAUGAGAGAAACUUUUAUCUGUUCAUUGCCUUUACUCCCUUUCAUACCAAAGCGGCUUAUAAGUGAAAAUACUUUUAAAAGCAAAAAGUUAUAAAAUUUAUAAACUGCUUGUUCAAAAAAGUAAAAUGAAACCUUCAAGCAGCAAACAUGUCUGAUUAAAUACAAAAUAUUUCACCACCAGAAGUUGGAAAUCCCUAAACCAAUGGUAUGAUACAGUGUGUUAUUAGAAGAGUUAUCUCAAGAGCAGUAACAAGGGGACAAAAGAAACAUGACAAUUUUUAUGCUAUUCUAGAUUGUUCAAAUGUUCUGACUUGUACAAAUUCAUCUUAAUUUUUUUGACCCAUCACCAUCUGAUUCCUAUAAUGAGGAAAGUAGGGAAACAAUUAAUAAUGGAAUAGCUGCAGUAAUAGGAAACCAGUGUAUUAUAAUUCACCUGAUUCAAAUCUGAAGUGGGUUUCCUGUAUAUACAGAAAUUCCUUUAUGACAUCUCAUUACCCUGUAUCUAGUUGAUUUUGAGAUUGUUUCUAGCUAUGCUUCUUUCAUUUUAAGUUCUCUUUGCUGCACCAAAUUUUCAAUUAAAAAACCCCCCACACAAUUCUGUAUACAAAAUGCACUAAACACACCCAAACAAAUGAAAAGCAAACUCGCUUGAGAUGGCAAUUGAAAAUGGAGAUAAAAUCAACAAAUGCAACUGACUCAUGUGUGGUCUUAUUUUUAUUUAUUUAUUGCGUUUAUACCCCACCUUUGCUUUCAAGGAGCUCAGAGUAGUAUCCGUGGUUCUCCUCCUCCCUAUUUCAUCCUUGCAGCAACCCUGUGAGUUAGGUUAGGCUGAUAGGCGAUAUCUGCCUAAAGGUCACCCAAUGAGCUUCAUCGCUGAGAGGAGAUUUGAACUCUGGUCUCCCCCAGGUCCUACUCCAAGACCAGUACACCCCACUGCCCAGUGUUUUUGCUGCAGCCGUUAACCACCUCUCUCUCUCUACCUGCCUCCCUUCCAGCGCCUGGCCAUCGCUAAGGAGUUUGGUGACAAAGCUGCAGAAAGGAGAGCCCACAGCAAUUUGGGGAAUGCCCACAUCUUCUUGGGGAGGUUCGACAUCGCUGCAGAGUACUACAAGUAAGAAGAUGUCUCCCUGCCACUUCUCAACCUGCUAUGUGAUUUUAUUCUUAUUUACUUAUAGCUCACCUUUUUUCCCCAUUGAGCUCAAGGGGGUGUACAUGCUUGUGUUCAUUCCUCGUUGAAUUCCCCACAAGAGCCCUGCAACAUACAUUAGGCUGAGAGGCAGUGACUGGCCCUCAAGGUUCUCACACCCAGUGAGCUUCAUAGCCAAGGGGACAAUCGGAACUCUCAUCUCCCAGGUCCUAGUCCAACUCUCUAACCACUGCACUGUUUCUCCCUCUCUGCAUGUGUACAAGUGAGAAAUGGCAUACACCUGUUGUGGUACAGCUCAGCUAUUUGUGCAGAGAGGUUGAACACCCCUAGAGACAUUAUAUAUGCAUUGGGAGAGCAAAUUCCUGCAUCACAGGGUGUUGGACUGGGUGACCCUAUUAAGAAUUCUGUGAUACUAUGCAAUCCCAGGAAGCACUUUACAUUACUGCUUGGCUGGCUGGCCGCAACCGUGUUCAUUUCCUGUCUGCCGUGCCAUCCUGUAGAAAAAUCUAAAAUGCAGGAAAUAUUUUAUUCGCUUCCAUUCAGAGCAUCCUGCUGCCACCUUCUGGUAUCCAAGAAUCUCCUCUGAUUCCCUGUCCGUGAACUUUAGAUAAGCUCAGACAAACAAAUCCUCAGCAGGCACAAGAGCUAUGAUAAUAAUAAAAAUUAAAUAUUGUAACAUUGGCCUGGAUAUCUAUUUCAAACCUAUAUUUACGGUGAUAUAUUAAUUCAGCCAACCAAGAUAAGUGUAGAGGCUUUUGAGAAUUUGAAAGGCUUUCACGCUUUGGUAACAUUUCCUUGGUCUGAAUAAAGAUAAUAACGCAAUAUAUUUAACAAGGAAGAAUCUAGUGGGAGCCUAAGGUUUCACCAGUAUAAGCUUUUGGGGGCCGCAGUCCGCUUCACCAUCAAGUCCACGGAAGCUUAAGCUGCAAUAAAUUAAAUUUAUUAAAAUGAAAGAUAAUAAUUAGUAAAAUGAUUAAUAGAUUGAGGUGCUGCAAGACUCUGUGCUUUGCUGCAGGAUUCUGACAUGGCUAUUCUAUUCCGUUUCCUGCAGGCUUACCUUUUUUUACAGUUUAGAAGGGGGAAACUAUCUCUACUCCCUUCCAAAAGAAACCCACCACCACUUUACUAUCCUGUUUUAAAAAAUGUAGUUUGAGCCACAGAGUUGUUAAACAGGGCUUUAAAAUGUUUGAGGUCUCCCAUCCUUUGUGUACAUCCUGGAGAGCCCCACAUGGGCUACCCUGCCACUGAACAGAAGAAAAGCCUUCUAGAUCAGACCCCGGACACAUCUGGUCCAGCAUCAUUUCAGUCCAGCCCAGCCAUCAGGGUGCUUUAGCUGUGAUUCCUGCAGUGCACAGGGUUGGGCUAGAUGACCCUCUGGGUCCCCACUAGCUCCGCAAUCCUAGGAUGCUGUGAAAUCAGCCUAGCAGGUUUAUGGAAGAACAGGUCUUAGUGAGUAAUGUUUUGGAACAACACCUUCAAGGAUCAUGUCCAACCUUAUGCCGUUUUAAACUUUUUCUUUAUGCUCUCUAUUUUCGAUUUACAGCAUUUUGCUUAAUAAAAUAUAUUUUUUAAAAGAAUCUGCUUUUUAAUGCAGGAAGACACUGCAGCUCUCCAGGCAGCUGAAGGACCAAGCAGUGGAGGCUCAAUCCUGCUACAGCCUGGGGAACACCUACACCCUCCUGCAGGACUACGAGAAGGCCAUCGAUUAUCACCUGAAACACCUGGCCAUCGCCCAGGAACUGGGAGACAGGUGAGGUGGCAGUGGUGCAGCCGGGCUUAGAAUCAUAUCAUAGAAUCCUAAAGCUGUAUUCCAGGGUCAUCUAAUCCAACUCCCUGCAAUGGGACUUGAUGGAACUUCUUACAAGGAGCCCCCUUUGAACAGCCAUGUGCAUGGCUGGGUGGGCAGGAUUUGUUCAUUUAACUAUGCUUUCAAAUGAGUAUUUCCAUUUCUGUUGAUCGCUGUUUUCAGACCUGGUUUUAAUGCCUCUGUUAUGCCUCUGGCAUUGCAGGGAGAGAUCAAGGCGGUUCUUCCCAUGGCCCAUGAACUUCAAGUGGCCCUCGAUGCCAUUUUGACAGCCCUUGGCAAUUUUCAAGGGGGGGGGGACAUUAAACAUGAAUUAUGAAUAUAUAUUUUGUGCCAUGCUUCAUACAUCUGUCUGUGUAUUACAUUUGUUUCAUAGUUAAAUAUAUUGAAUCUAGGCCUAGCUCAGUACUGCAAUACCUCAAGAACCACCUCUCCCCAUAUAAACCAUCUCGGGCCCUGUGUUCAUCUUCUGAGGCCCUUCUUCAUGUGCUUCCUCCUUGAGAGAUCCAGUGGGUGGCAACAUGAGAACAGGCCUUUUCUGCAGUGGCUCCCUGUUGGUGGAAAGCUCUCCCCAGGGAGGUUUGCCUGGUGCCUUCAUCAUAUAUCUUUAGGUGCCAAGUGAAAAUGUUCCUCUUCAACUAGGCCUUAGGCUGAUUAAUAAAUAGCUGAUUAAUAAAAAGCUGAUUAGCCUUUUAAAUGUGUCUGUGGGACUGGGGCAGGGGGGUUGUUAUUGUUUGGAGGUUUUUUACUUAAUUACUUAUUUUUAUCCUGUUUUUUUAUUCUGUGAACUGCCCUGAGAAGGGUGGUAUAAGAUUAUUAUUAUUAUUAUUAUUAUUAUUAUUAUUAUUAUUAUUAGCAGGUGGGCGAAUAAGGGUUGAUUUGGGAUAUAUCUACACUCAUGUCGAUAGUCAGCUGAGGCCACAAGGGGGAGACAGAGAUUUUGUAUGGAGUUGAAUUUGCCAAACUCUAUAUCUUAUUGAAGCAAGAAAUCACUUGUGGAAUUCAGCAUCAUAAUACUAAACUUGUGCAGAUGGGAAAAUCCCACUUCCCAUCACCCCAAAGGCUGUUUCAGGGGUUCUUUCCACACAUGCAACCCAGUUUUGGGAGCAAGACGGAAAGUCUCAGAGUGGUUUACAGCCUACAUUAAAACAUCAAAUCAAAGAAUCCCAAAAUAAAGUAUUCCCAAAGAAAAUCAAACCUAGUACAGACAUGCCAAGCAACGCAAUUAACGGGAGACUAAAAUAUUGUCUUCAAGAUUACAAAAGAAGACAUUGCAAAGGUCAAGUGUAACACUCACAAUGAAUGCAAGAAAGUUGACAUACUGUACAUCAGGAAGACCUUUCUGACUGUAAGAGCUGUUCAACAGUGGAACGGACUCCCCUGGGAGGUGGUGGGCUCUCCUCCCUUGGAGGUUUUUAAGCAGAGGUUGGGUGGCCAUGUGUUAGGGAUGUGGAAUUUCCUACAUUGUCAGGGGUUGGGCUAGCUGAUCCUCAGGGUCCGUUCCAGUUCUACAAUUCUAUGUCUAUAUGUCAUUCUACCUGACUGGGUGGUGCCUGGCAAUCUCUGCAAGCCUUGAGUUGUCAUGAUGCAGGGAGGGGCAUGAUAGGAACAUAAGUGAAUAAAUAUACCUUUCCUUUUCAGAGUGGGAGAAGGAAGAGCUUGCUGGAGCCUGGAAAAUGCCUACAUCUCUCUCGGAAACCGUGAACAAGCCUUGUACUUUGCAGAGAAGCACCUUGAAAUCUCCCAAGAAGUAAAAGCAUAUUUUUUUUAAUUUGUUGGUGGUCUGUCACAUUUAAUUAUUUUAUAAUGUUGGGGGUGUCCAUAGACCUUUAGCAGCUGUUCAGUGCUCCUUGGACAUUAGGAUUCCUGCUCUGCAGGGGGUUGGGCUAGAUUACUGCUGAUUGCAUGACUGCUAAUUGCAGCCUCUGGGAGCUUGUGACCAGGACUUGUAAACAGGGGUGUCUGCAGCGGCAUUUAAUGGGGGAGGCCAGGAAUGCUGUCUCAUGGGUGGCAUAGGACCAAGGGACAUGGAUGGCAAGGGAGCUGCUGUAGUGACUUGCAACGCCUUUGCCAUGUUUGUCUCCCUGCCUAAGAAUGUUCAAAACUACACCUGCAGCAAGUGUAAACUGGUUGCCUUGCUGGAAGAGAAGGUAAAGCAACCAGAGGCCCACCAAACAGCACUUGGAGCUACUGGGCAAGAUGAGGAAUUUCUCAAUAGAGCAGAGUGGACUGUCCUGGAACAGCGACACAAGUGGGGUGCCCCAGUGCAGAAUUAAAUCAUGGCACUCGCUCCCGCAAGAGAGGAUGAUAGCCAACUUGGAUGGGUUUGAAAGAGGAUUGGACAAAUUCAUGGAGCAGAGAGUUAUGGAGGGCUAGUAGCUACAGUGUCUAUGCUCUGCCUCCACAGCUGUUCACAGCAAUGUUUCUGGAACAUUGCUGGAAACCACACAGGGGCAGGGGGCAGGGAGCGCUCUUGUGCUCAGAUCCUGCAUGUGGGCUUCCCAGCUGGGCAUCUGGCUGGAUUCCCUCCCAACUCUACAAUUCUAUGAUUAUUUGACCACAGGGUUGACUGCUACAACUCAGAGGGGUUCAGGCAGAGAUUUGUCCCUCUUUGGGGUCUGAGUUGGGAACAAAUGUGGGGCUUUUUGGAGUGCACGAGGGUAAAGAAAAAGAGCUCCAAGGAGCAGGUGUGGUUAGAAACUGGCCUUUCAGGAUGAGGCCCUGUGGACAUAUGUUGGAAAUCUGGGAUGCCAAGACCCAAGUUUGGGGCAAGUACUCUUUGGUAUGAGAACCCCAGUAGAGAUUUAAAAUGACAGAACCUGCAGCAAAGAAAAGUGUGCAAACAUAAGCUGUAUAACGUUUAAAAUGUUACAUCCCCAGUUGCUUGGUUACAAAACAGUAGAAGCUCUUAAACUAUUGGUAUAGGAAAAAACUCAUUUCAAACUCCAUUUUGAAACCAAAGAGAGUGGCAUUGUAGCUCAGUGGUAUAGAGUGCUUGCUUUGCAUGCAGAAAGCCCCAGGUUCCUAUUUAUUCAGAACCAUGAGGACUAGGACUUUCCUUUAUUUUUAGGGGAAGGGUCCUAGCUCAGUAGCAGAGCACCUGCUUUGCAUGCAGAAGGUCCUUGAUUCAAUCCCUUCUGGCUUUUCCAGGCUGGACUGGGAAAUGUCUCCUGCCUGAAGCUUCAAGGAGCCACAGCUGCCAGUCAAUGUGGACAAUACUGAAUUCAGUGGACCAAUGUCCUGACCUGGUAUCUUCCUCUGUACCAUUACAGUUCAGCCCUUUAUUGAGAACUAUGAGGACUAGAAUAUUCCUUAGUUUUAGGGAAUGGUAAUAAAUCUGCCUGAAGCUCUUAAUGAGCCACAGCUGCUAGUCAGGGAGGAGCUAGUCACUGUGCUAGAUAGACCAGUGGCUGGAUUCAGGAUCUUAUCAUGACAGUUGAGGGCAUCCUCAAGAGUGUCCUGAUUUUACAUGGUUUCUGCUCUGCAGGGGGUUGAGCUAGAUGACACGUGGGUGUCCCUGUCAGCUGUACAGUUAUAUGAAAUGGGAAAGGAAGACAGGGCAGAGCGAAGCCUGAGGACCUUCUCAUCAGUGUUACAUCCCCUAUUAUUAACCCUUCAGCUGUUCCAGAUAAAUACACUUUGCUGUCCUCUGAGUAGCACAGAUUACUCAGCAACAGAUGGGGAGAGAACAAUGGGAGGUUUCACGGAGGUGGGUAGCUGGGUAAGGGCUUGGAUGCAAGGAGGAGGAGGAAGAGGAGAGUUCCCUAGAUCAUAUAAUGGUAGAACUGGCUUGAGGUCAGGUAUGCUAACACAUUUGCUUCCUGUCUCCGUUUCAAAAGAAGACCAAAUAGGUUUGGCUGCCACACUGGGGAAGACAAUCCAGAGUCUUGUACAUUUCAGAGCUUUAGAUAGACUGCCUCUGGACCUGGAGGUUCGAUGAGGGCAUAAAAAGAGCCCUGGAGCUGGAUUAGGCAAAGGGGGAGUCCAGCUUCCUCUUUUCAUAGCCAAGCCAGUGCCUCAGUGGGGGGACUUGAGCUCAACAGAAUUCUCCCUACUUGCAAUUCUCAGCAAAUGGCAUUUCUGCCACUUAAUUUAUUAAUUAUUUAUUUCCUAAAAUUUAUACACCACUUGAUUGCAAGAAAAGGGGGGGUGCAACACCCUCUGGUUUCCAGAAAAAUUAGAGCAAUAAAAUUAACACUUUAAGAAAAAUGUACAGCAAUAAUUUGCAGCAUACAAAAAGUUAAAACAACAGUAGACUGGUUAUUUGUUCUGUUGUGAUUCCUGCAUUGUAGGGGUGUGGACUAGAUGACUCUUGGGGUCACUGCCACCUCUGCAAGUCUAUGGUUCUAUCUUAACUUAUAUAUUGUAUUCAUCCAUCUUUGCUGUAUUGCAUUCGCUUGACUGUUACUGGCUCAGAAAUGACCAAUAUCUGGACUGAUGAAGACAUUUUCAUCAUUCUGUGUCUAGAUAUCAUUACAGUAUUGAACAUAUAUACAGAUACACACACACAUACAUAAAUAGCAAAAAACAACAACCAGACAGUAGCAAAUUAAAACUCGCAUCUGGGCAAACUUGUUGAAACAAUAAUGUUACAGCAGUUUCCGAAAAGAACACAGCAAACAUGCCCAAAGAUGUGUGCUUGUUCCAUUAAUUAAUGAUGGCUAAUAAUACUUUGCAGGUCGGAGAUCAAGGUGGGGAGGCCACGGCCUGCUUGAACGUGGCAAAGCUGAGGGCAGUCCUGGGCUUGAAGCAGAACGGAGAGGAUCUGGAGACCCCCAUGGCAGGAACCGGUUACGAAGAGCAGGGUGAGUCUCUACAAAAGGCAGCUUCCUAUCUCCCUGCCUGAUUCAGAAUCAUGAAGACAAGAGAGACACUUUAUUUAUAAGGGAAGGGGCAGAGCUUUUGACUGCAGAGGGUCCCUGGUGCAAUUCCUGGCAUCUUCAGGUAAAGGGAUCGGAAUUGUCUGCUGAGCCUGAAACCCUGCUGGUCAAUGUACUGAGCUGGAGGGACCAAUGGCCAGAUUCAGUAUUAUAUAUUCAUUUAUCUAUUCCAUUUAUAUCCUUCCUAUUUUCCUCCAAGAUGCUCAAGGUAGUGUUUGUGGUUCUCCCCCUGCCCAUCCAAUCCCCACAACAACCUUGUUAGGUAGGUUAGGCUGAGAGGCAGUGACUGGCCUUGAGUAGGGCUUUGGUUGAGUAGGGCUUUGAACCCUGAUCUCCCAGGUCCUACUCCUCAUUAAAGCCCCACAAUGAUUCUGCAAGGUUGGUGAGGCUUAGAGGCAGUGACUGGCUUUAAAGGUGAGUUUCCUAGCCAAGCGGGGGAAUUCGAAUCCUGAUCUCUCCCAGGUCCUAGUGUGGCCACAUAACCACUGCACCAUGCCCGCGUGGUAGAAGGCAGCUCCCUGUUUUCCUCCAAACUAUAAAGAUUAUAAACUUUAUUUUUAAGGAGAAGGGCUGUAGCUCAGAGGCACGGUACUACUGGCUUUGCAUGGAGAAGCUCCCUAGUUCGGGGACCUCCUUGUGCAUGUUGAAUUACUCAUGCGGAGAACUUCUCCUGAGGGAAAACAAAGUUUGAACUCAUACAAAUAUGUCCCGUACAAAUUGUGUGUGUGUGUGUGUAUUCUCCACCUGUGAGUUCCAUCAUUGUGAGAACAAGGGUUCUAUAUGGUCUGAAAGGUACCAGACAUUUGCAUUGUGGGGGUUCAGCUAGAUGACCCCUGGAAUCCCUUCCAACGCUACAGACCAGUUGCACAUGGGUGAAAAUAACAAAGUGCAAGUAAAGAUCAUUAUCUGAUUAUCAAUCUAAUUCCAGAUUUGCCAGGCUUGCGAUGAGGGUUGACUUGAAAAUGUAUAUGAAUAAAGGAAUGCCAAAUCAUAGUAAAAGUGUCUGCAGGUUCUAGUCCUCAUUGAUACAGGAAUAUGCAUAAUUUUCCCCGUUAUAGCUGUAUUCCAGAGUGAGGGGUAUUGAGUGCUCACUGUAAGAUUUUGGGCUGUUUUCCACUUGUUGCCAUUACUAUUCAAGCUGUCAAGAUCAUGCAUCAAGACAAAUUCUUUUGACAAUAUAUGUCUACUUUGGUGUCAUCAAAAAUAUUCAGUCACUUUAAUUUUGGGCAAUUUCUUUAGUAAUAGUUAUCAUUUCUGUCAAAAUUAAAUUCCAAACAUCUUGCACCAACUGACAUUCCUGCCAUAAAUGAUAAUAUGUACCAAGAUCAUUGCGACCCCUCAGACAAUUAAGCAGUAUUAGAGAAAACAUAUUUGACAUUUGCAAAGGAGGACAAGACCAUCUUUGAGGGAAUUUUAGAAGAUUUCAGGUGCCUCAAUAUUUGUUUAUGAAAUAAAAUCAUGCCGUGUAUUUAUUUAAAAGGUCAUUCAAGCUCUGCCCUUUAGAGCUUUUUAGUUUCUUUUUCAUCCCAGAUGACAACCGCUGACAGCACUUCCCAACACCGCAGAGUCCAAUUUGGCCUCCCUCUCCUUUUGAUAGGAGCAGCGCUAAGGACUGGGCUUGGGUGAACUUGAGUGCAUGAUUUCUGGCGUGGGAAGUGGAUUUGGAACUGCAUCAAUCCAGCAGAGCUCUUGAUCUGGAGCUCUCAGUGGCAGCAGUGACCUCAUUCAUCAGGCCCUUGAAUGGGCUCCCAUGUUCAGACCACAUCAGGAGGACAAAAUGUUCCUGAAAAGGAAAACAGAAAAGAAAAUGCAAAGUUAUUUAUUUUGUUUAUUUUUUUCAAAGUGGUUUACAAAAAAAGAGAAAAUAAAGGUUUACAACAAUACUUUAAAACAGACAAAAAGUUAAGAUAUUAAAACAGGCUAAAAUUCACAUUCUAAACAGGAAUGUUUUUGGCAGAAGGAGUUCAGCAAAAGGAGUUCAGCAAAGGCACCUGCUUGAUAUCCAUAGGCAGAGACUUCCAAAGUGCAGGUGCUACUGCACUAAAUAACAAGAGGUUUACAAAUGCAUUUUGGUGGCCCAGAGAGGCGGAACUUAAGGGGCAUUGUGCAGAGGUGAAAUUAGCUGGUGGCUUUUUGGCCACAUUAUUGAAACAGAAAGGAGAGGAAUGGAGGCAGGCUUCUAAACGAUGUUGGUUCCAGCUCCUAGCAGUCAGCAUGGCCAAUGGUUAGCAAUGAUGGUGGGAGUUAUAGUCGGCAACAUCUGGAGGGGAGGUACCACCUUGAAGAAUGCCAUGUGAAGAUGUCCCUGCUAGGAAUUUUAUUGUCUUUCAUGCUCUGAUACUGUGAAAUUUUGCUUGGGAUUGCAGGGUGCGAGGGCUUCAAAAUUGAAGCCUCCCUUCUUUUGAUUUGUGACCUUCAUGGCUUUGGUGAAAAGUUAUCUUUGGAAAUGUGUGGCCAGUUGCUGCUGGUGUCAUUCUCCUGAGAACUGGAGUAAAUCCCUAAUAUUGGAUAAGAGACGUUCUCCUCACCCUCUCAUAAAGACCACAGCCCCUUCCUUCUGUUUCAUGUGGAUCCAAACAAUACUGCCAGAUACAGCCAUGUAACAAGGGACUAUGAGACUCUGGGCAGGAAGCUGAAGAGCCUUGGGGCACAGGUGGCCUUUUCAUCACUUUUUCCUGUUGAAGAUCAUGGCCCAGGAAAAGAGGAAAAUAGUGGAAGGUGGUGUCAUCAGGAAGGGUUUGGCUUCUUGGACCAUGGUCUCUGCUUCCUUGAGGAAGGCCUUCUGACAAGAGAUGGGUUAGCAAGAAUGUGGUUGCUAAGAGUCUUGUCAACCUGAUCAGGAGAGCUUUAAACUACAGUGGUGCCUCGCAAGACGAAAUUAAUUCGUUCCGCGAGUUUUUUCGUCUAGUGAAUUUUUCAUCUUGCGAAGCACGAAAUCCCAUAGGAAUGCAUUGAAAUUCAAUUAAUGCGUUCCUAUGGUCAAAAAAAGUCCAAACAAAGCCAAAUUUGGUACAACAAGAGUUUACUAAGUGCUCUUUAAAGUCACACAUACUGUAAAGAGCAUUUCAAAAAUUGAAGGAACAAUAAAUUCAAAAAUUGAAGGAACAAUAAAAAUCAUAAAAAUUCAGAAACAAACCACACAAGCUUCCAGAUUCUUGCAAACCCCUCCUCAACUGUUCCCCCAGCCACCCACCACACCGAAAUUCAAAUCCAGAAAUUUUUUUAAAAAACAGCAGAGUGGCCCAAUGGUCACAGAAAAUCAUAAAAAUGCAGAAAAAAACCACACAAGCUUCCAGAUUCUUGCAAACCCCUCCUCAACUGUUCCCCCAGCCACCCACCACACAGAAAUUCAAAUCCAGAUUUUUUAAAAAAAAAAACAGCAGAGUGGCCCAAUGGUCACAGAAAAUCAUAAAAAUGCAGAAAAAAACCACACAAGCUUCCAGAUUCUUGCAAACCCCUCCCCAACACCAAGUCCUUGAAUUCCAAACACCCCAACCCAAAAUCCAAAACCCCCCAAAAGUUUUAAAAGUUUAACUUACCAAAUGGCUGCAAAAGAAGUUUUGGAAAAGCUUCAAAAAUCACCAAAGUCUUCAAAAACCUCAAAAAAGGCUACCACACUGCGUGCUAUGAGUUGCUCCUCGAAGUCAAGUCGCAACUGCACCUCUUCAAGCAAUGCACCCUGUAUUACUGUAACGGUUUUAAGAAAAAGGAAACAAACUUGCAAGACGUUUUCGUCUUGCGAAGCAAGCCCAUAGGGAAAUUCGUCUUGCGAGGCAGCUCAAAAAACGCAAAACCCUUUCGUCUAGCGAGUUUUUCGUCUUGCGAGGCAUUCGUCUUGCAGGGCACCACUGUAAAUCUUGAGGGAGUGGGAGACAAUAUUACAGACCACUGGGGAACACCUGGUACUGGGGAUAGUAGCUUCAUCUAUGCACAAGAAACUGAGGUGGUCUCCAGAAACCUGCUAAAGGGCAGGAAACGACAAGAAGAAAGCAGCUGGAGGUAAUGACUCAUGGUUUCAGUUGUUUCUAUGCUAUUGCUCAGAAUACAAGAAACAAGCAAGACAAAUUUGAGCUUUUAAUACAGGAUGGCAGAUAUGAUUUAAUAAGCAUUAUUAUUAUACAGUAGAACAGGCUCCUGCAGGAGGUUAUGAACUCUUCCUUGGAGGUUUUUAAGCAGGGGUUGGAUGGCCAUCUGUCAUAAAUGAUUUAAGUGAAGAUUGCUACUUUGCAGAGGGUUGGAGUAGAUGACGCCCAGGGACCCUUCCAACUCUACAAUUCCAUGAUAAAACCAGAACUCACAGGUAUCCAACAAAGCUGAAGGUUGGAAGAAUCAGGACAGACAAAAGAAAGUCCUUCACACAAUGCAGAGUUAAACUAUGGAACUUGUUCCCGGAAGAGAGGAUGAUGACCAACUUGGAUGGCUUUAAAAAACGAGAGGAGAGGGCUUUCAUGGAGGAGAGAGUUAUGGAGGACUAGUAAUCACAAUGUCUAUGCUGUGCCUCCACAGCUGUGCACAGUGAUGUUUCUGAACACCAGUUGCUAGAAACCACACAGGGGCAGGGGGCGGGGAGGGGUCUUGUGCUCAGAUCCUGCAUUCUGGCUUCCCAGUUGGGCAUCUGAUUUGCCACUGUGAGAACAGGAUGAUGGACUAGAUGGGCCCUCUUUGCCAUGAUCUAGCUGCUGUUGCAGGGCUCUUCUUACAUUCUUAUGUCCUUCUUGGGCACAAAGCACCUUCUAGCCAGCCUCCUCCUCUCCACGGCAUCCUCCACCUGCUGUGAACAUGGAUCUGUUUCUUCUGUUUUGCACUUGCCACUCUGGACCAGACAAAACCACGGGGGAUUCCAUUCUGUAUCACAUUUACUGCAAGCAUUCUCUGAACGCCGGGCUGCCAUCCCCAGUGCGACACAGCAAAGAGCUGUCUCCAUGUGCUCAGCAUGGCCAUGGGAGCUGGCUGGUAUUCUGAUGCAUUCAAAGUCAACAGACGCGCCCCAACCACAGCACUAAAGUGGUGCCUUUCUCCGCCUUGUUUGCACACCUCCAAGGAGACGCAGGUCAGCAAAUGCCACUUUUUGCACCUUCAAGCAGGGAACUCUGUUCUACUUGGGGCUGCUCUGAGAACACGCUGGAGCUAAACAAGUCCCUGUUUGUCCCCUGACAGCCAGACUCUCUGAAUUGUCCCAGCUUUAGUUAUGAUUCCUGCACUGUUGUCCUUAUCCUUCCACUGGCAAGUGAAAACUUUCUUUUUCCAACAGACUUUGGGGAACUGGCUGCUUUUAAUGAAAGGGCUGAUAUCAUGCUGUUUUAUUGUAAUUAUUUGUGUGGUUUUAAUAGGAGUUCUCUCUCUCUCUCUCUCUCUCUCUCUCUCUGUGUGUGUGUGUGUGUGUGUCUGUCUGUGUGUGUGUGUGUGUGUGUGUGUGUGUGUGUGUGUGUGUGGUUUUAAUUCAAUCAGUGUUUAAUUGUUUGUUACCGGUUGCUUUCCCCCUAUGUUUUUAGCUGUUCUUGUUUUUAUCUAUAAACUGCUUGAGUCCCUAUCAAGGAAAAAGGCAGAGUACAAAUAUGUGGAAAUAUGCUGCAUAUGCUUGCACUCCCGGUUAUAGAAUUGUAGAAUUGGAGGGUACCCUGGGGGUCAUCUAGCCCAACCCCUGCAAUUCAGGGCAGGGACCCUGCAGCCCUCUGUCUAAUUUCAUGCGGCCCUAAGAUUAAGUCCCAAAGCUCCUUGUAAAUGAUCAGUUCUCAAGCAUUAUAUCCCUUCUUCAGCUGUCUUAUUGGUCAAGGGGAAGAGAGUAAGUGGGGUGGCAUUGCCAAAUAUUGGACCUUGCCUCAUUCACUGCCAAUUUUGUACCGUGUUUGUAGGGAGUUGCCCAGUAGGGAAUGUAGGAAAAGGUUGCCUACACCUCAGUGAGAGGCGGUUGAGGCUCUUCAACCUGGGAAGGUAGUCCAUCUAGGAGAAGGAAAACCCAUACCCAGCCGGCCAUCUCAGUGCAGAGCCGGUUGUGACUAAUAGGGGUUGUGGUGGGUUGUGAGGCAGUGUCGUGUGGUGGUUAGAGUAUCAGACUAGGACCUGGGAGUGUCCAGGGUUCAACUCCCUGCUCAGUCAUGAAGCUCCCUGUGUGUGACCUUCAGAGGCCAGUCACUACCUCUGUCAGCCUAGCCUACCUCACAGGGUUGUUAUGGAGAUUGAAUGAGGAGGGAGGAACCCCUCUGAGCUCAUUAGAGGUGGAAAGGUGGGAUAUAAAUGCAAUAACUGAAAUUAAUAAAUUUUGGGGCAAGUGCAGAUUUGGAAGGAGGGCUGUGUUUCCAUUCACCUCUUGCAUUGAUGAGUGCAAAUUUGGGAGAUUCGCUUUUCAGUACAAACUCCAAACUUGGCUCCUUGGCUGUGACCUUGCCAGGGCUCUGGCCUCCAACAGAAGCAGGGAGAUGCAAGGGCUGGCCUUAUCCUCUCGGCUCUUUUGUCAGCGAAAGAUGUAAGCUGUGGGCUUCCUUUGACAGGCCCACUUGUUUUUCUCCAUUAAGGCCUCGGUUUUGUUGCUUUAAUUACAGUUCUUUGGCUGAUUCAAGAUGCCGUCGGACUUAAUUACAGCUUAGCUCAGAGGCGGCUGGGAUUUCUGGGGCGGCUGGGGUGCUAUAACUCCCGCUUAUUUUGAGAAGUGUCUUUGUCACUGGUGCAAGAUGCUCUCAAAGUAUUCGGGAAAAGGCGUGAGGCAUCCGGUCUCUGCGAGGCUCAAUAAUCCCUGACAGGUAGUCAGCCAACCUCUGCUUAAAAACAUCAAAUGAAGGGACUACAACUCCCACCACAGUCAAUGGCCAGGGAUUAUGGGAGUCAUAGCGCAAAAAGUGCCCCACGAAGGCUUUUUUUAAUGGUAGUUUUUAACUGAUUGGUGUGGGUUUUUUAAUGCAUUGUUUGAUUCUGCUUGUAAAUUGCUUUGAGGGUGUGUGUUUUUUUACAAUCAAGUAAUAUAUAAAAAUUUAUGAUAUUCUAGAUCAGUAGUUCUCAAACUUUUUUCUUGGGCCAUACUUUCAAAAUAAAAAAUUGCUCACACUGAUUUUUUUAUUGAUAAUUAAUACAUUGGAAAACAAACAGAAACAUGCUGGGAGUGGGACCAACUCCUAGCAGUGCUUGAUUUAUAACAUAGAACAUUUAUAACAUACAUUACUUUAUAAUAUGAUCAUGGGACAUGCAGAAAGUAUAAAACGAUGUGGCUACAUAAGAAUGUAAAUCAUUCCCAAAAUGCAAUUAUAAGUGAGCCUCUUCCAUAUGUACCUUAAGUAUACUUACAAACUGCAUAAGAAGCGUGAACUUGCUAUUGCCAGGUAAUCUCAUUUAUAUUAGGUCUGAUUUGAGACAGACAGACUCUCAUCUCCUCAUCAGCACAAAUAAGCCUUUCUCUGUUCUGAUCUUUCAUAUUUGUCAGAGUUGAAAAUUCCUGUUCACAACAAUAUAUUGUGGAGAACAGUAGAAGAGAGGUGAUUCUGGAUCACAUCUAGGAUUUGUCCUUGGUAUCUCUUGGUACUUUUGCUCUCAUUUUGAAAAGACAUCUAUCCAUAUUCUGCAACUAAUAUAUAUAUAUAUAUAUAUAUAUAUAUAUAUAUAUAUAUAUAUACACAUUGAUACUACACUAUACUGUUUAAAUGUUUCUUUGACUGCCCUUGAAUUUUCCCCUCCACACUUGCCAUCCUCUCCUGCCACAUCAGUGUGGCGAGUCACAUCCUUUGAGAACCACUGCUCUGUACUGAAGCAAAUCCUGCCAUGUAAAAGAUUUCCAAAGUCUGCUCUGAUGCCAUGUGGAUGACUGCAUUCAAGAUUCACAGAAUCAUAGAACUGCAGAGUUGGAAAGGAUCCCAAGGGUCAUCUAGUCCAGCCCCCUGCAAUGCAGGAAUCAAUACAGGAAACGCAACAUCUGGACAUGCAUUUGUCCUGGAAGACAGCACUUCCCGCCUGGGAAUUAUUUUGAAUUUUUUAAUAGAGUUUGCAGUUAAACAGACAAACAAAAAUCAAAACUAACAAAAAAUUAUGAAGUAAACAAAUAAAUGUAUUCCUGCAUUGCAGGGGGUUGGACUAGAUGACCUUUGGUGUCACUUCCAGCUCUACAAUUCUAUUAUUCAAUUCUGUGAUUCUAUACAUUUGGAUAACUGCAUCAUCCAUGACACCUGCCCAGGUGACCUUAUAUUGCUGCAACUCAAUUAAUGACUUAUGCUGUUAAUUAUUUUUUUUACUGGGUGGUUUUUUUUUUUUUGGCCAUGAAGGACGAAUCUAGACGGUGGUUGGCCAGCUCACCCACCCAUCUCCUGUUGCUUUUUCAGGGGCAAGGCCCAAGAGGAUCCAGAGGAACCGCAUGAGCAGCCUUGAGCUCCUGAGAUUCCCAUCGGAAAAGGUAAAGGGAGGCAUCAGUUGGUGGUGGAGAAGAGGAGGAAAAGGGAUCUUGAAGACAUGCCUGUUUAGGCCAGCAUCCCCCUGUACUUGAACUUCCUGAUUGAUGGGUUUUAAUCAUUUUUUUAAAAAACAAGUUUUUAAUUUUUAUGCUUUUUAAGUGGCUUGUUUUAUUCUACAUUUUAAUUCUGAAUGUUUUCAGUUCUUUGAUGGAAUUCUUUUACCACAUGUUUUACUUACGGACGGAUUUUAUACCUGUAAACAGCUUAGAAACCAUUAUAAAUCAGUAAUGACAGGCAACAUUCAGCCUGCAUCUCCUUCCUUUCUGGAAUGGCAUUCCUCUCUAGAGUGGCGGGGCAUGGGGGUGGGUGAGGGAGGGAGAAGGAGCAGCCCCUGUCGCCUCUGUAAUGUGGCUCCCAGAAGAUCACCCCUGAGGGAGUUUGGCCUCCAACAAGAGGGAAAUGCCUCCUGCCUUGCCUUAAGGUGUCACCAUCUACAGCAAUGACCUCUUCGUCACUUCUCCUCAGGACCAGAACGGAGACGUGGAGAUCCCUGGGAAAGAAUUCAUGUCGCUGCCAGUCAGAUCCAAGAAACACAGGGGAAGCCAGUCCAUCCCAGACAGGAAGAUUCCACCACCCAACGAAUCCCCGUUGGAAACCAGUGACGUACGGGUUCAGCUGUCCCAACUGGUAAGGAGAUGCGGCGGGCGUGAAGAGUACCCCGCACCUAAAAAUUCACAAAUUGCUCUUCUUCCUAGGUUCACUGGCGUCUCCUAUGAAGGACCCCAUUGCGCGAAUGCCUUUCGUUUCAUUCUUGCUUAUUUCAUAAAAUUUAUACACUGCUUGAUUGUAGGAAAAACCUCAAAGCGAUCUACAAAAGAGAUUUUUUUAAAUCAAGAAAAAAUUGCAACAAUACUUCCAAAUAUACAGAAAGUUAAAAUGCUGAACAAGUUUUAAAACACACUUUCUAAGCAUCUGGACAGGCUUGUCUAAACAAGAAUGUUUUUAGCAGGCACUGAGAAGAGUACAGCGGAGGUGCCUGACUGAUACCAAGAGGCAGGGAGUUCCAAAGUGUAGACACUCCCACACUAAAAUAUAGAUUCCUUGCCAAUGUAGAGCGGGUGUUUUGUGGCACAUGUAGUCGUGCCAAUUCUGCUAUUUGGAGUGGUUGAGUGGCCACCUGUGGGGCAAGGUGACCUCACAGGUAAACUGGUCCCAAGUUCUUAAGGGCUUUAUAUACUAAUAGUAACACCUUGGCAAACAGUGCACAUCUCUGAGCAGCAAAGGCAUCAUAAUUCUGACAAUUGCUCUCAUCAGCAAUUGUGUUGCAGCAUUCUGCAUUGGCAGCAGCUCGUGGUCCAAGUGCAAGGGAAGCCCCACAUAGAGCGCAUAGCAGAAAUCCAGCCUGGACGUGUUUUCAGGUCAUAUUUAGGAAAGUUCUUUAUGCUGCGCAUAACUGAACGACAGAAUGACCACCCGCAGGAGGCAGUGAUGGUCACUGACCUGGAUGGCUUUAAAAGAGAAUUGGGCAAAUUCAUGGAGGAGGAGGCUACCUGUGGCUUCUGGUGAUGACGGCACUGCUCUGCCUCCACAGCUGGCAGCAGCAAUGCUUCUGAAUACCUGUUGCUGAGAAGCGCAGGAGGGGGAGAGUGCUGUUAUGCUCAGGUCCUGCUUGCUGGUUUCCCACAGGCAUCUGGUUGGCCACUGUGAGAACAAAGUGCUGGCCUAGAUGGGCCAUUGGCCGAUCCUGCAGGCUCCCCUAAUGUUCUGGUUUGGGGAAGCAUGUGGCGUCCUCCUAUUUCUCUGCUGCUGUGGUUUUGACAUUUGGCAUUCGCCUCUCAUUCUCCUGGCUGAAUUUGGUCUUAUUAUCUCAAAGGUCACCUUGAGCAUUCUUGGAAGGAAAAGGAAGGAAAUUAAACAGGUUUAUAAAUAAACACACCACGCACCAAGGGGCGGUGGUGGGGCAGGAUCUGCCUCUGCCUUGGCAACAAUUCAACAGCCCCAAAUAAAUAUGACGGAAGUGCGUUCUGUUGAGGAACCCUGAAUUUUUUGAAUUUUAUUGAUAUUGAUGCUGUUUUGUGCUAUUUUUAAGUCACAUUUUAAUCAAUGUUUUAUAUUUGCUGUUAGCCACCCUGAGCCUGUUUUUAAACCGGGAAGGGCGGGGUAUAAAUAAAAAUUUAUUUAUUUAUUUAUUUAUUUAACCCCCUGCUCCAUACUAGGUUAGAUUCAAGCGCCUGUCUUGUGCCUGGCGCUCACUGCAUGCUAGAUUUCCCCAGAUGUGCAGGAAAGGUGCAGGAAUCUCCCACCUGGGCGGGGGCUUCCAACUAUAUCCAGCCAUUGCUCUUGUGAGGAAUUCCAACUGGCUUUCCAUCCAUUAGCUGGGAUUCCUACAUUGCAAGGGAUUAUGCUAGAUGGCCCUUGGGGUCCCUCCCAACUCUACAAUUCUAUGGUUCUAUGCCUUGGAAAGUAGUGAACUCUCAUUCACUGGGGGGUGGGGGGUUAAGCAAAGGUUGGAUGUCUGUCUGUCAGGGAUUCCUUUGCUGCGAUUCCUAGGCCACCCGCCUCCCUGGCAAGGCCAUGUAUAGUCAACGGAAAGCGCAGAGAAGUCACACUGACAGCUUGCAGAUGUGUGUUCCUCAAGAUUGUUUAGAUACGGAGCCAUUUUUGGAGCAUGCUGUUAGCAUUAUGCUCUUGCCGGGACUGAGAUGCCCCUUGUGGGAAAUAAUAGGGGGCGCGUGCGAUGAGGCGGCCAUCUUGCGGCACCCACUGUGCAAAACCUGCCUAUCUCUUUCUAUAUCGGCAGCGCGGGCGAGACCUCCUUGGACCCCUGCAAAGAGGGAGCUUUGCACCACCCUCUGCGAUAAGGCAGUGAAAAUGACAAUGGCUGGGCCAUUUCUCAGGAACCAUCACUUCUAAGGAGAUAAAUAGGAAUGAGGGAGAAUCAAUCCAAGGCCUCUGAAACUGCAAAUAUUUAAUUUCUCGGGGUGUCUGGAAUGCUUCACUUGUCGUAGCUGCUUCUAAUAUGGCCGUUGUCUGAAAUUAACGCCUCUUUAUAGAAUCAUAAAACUGUGGAGUUGGAAGAAACCUCAAUAGUCAGCUAGUUCAACCCCCCAGCAGUGCAGGGACCCUGAUGUCCAAGGAGUGCAGAACAGCAGCUAAAGCCCCCAAUACUGAACUGCAUUACAUGGAAAACUAACCCAUUACAUGGGAAAUAACCCAUUAUUUAGAAGGGAAAAUAACAACGACCUCUUUUUUGUCUCUGUUUGGUGGGAUUUUAUUGACUACAUUUUUUUAAAAAAAAGACAUCUGUCUCUUCCGCAAGCCUUUCAAGAAAUCUGGGGUAAGCAACUGGUAAUUGGCUGAGAAUUUUUCUCGAUGUAAUAUAAAGAUUUUCGCUCUUGGUACUCCUUGUGCCUCUGAUGGUUUCAAUUAUGGGCUUACCUUUCUGUAUAUCUUGCGAACCAUGCGCGCCACACACCACUUGCUCUCACAUUUCUUAUUUUUAAAUAUUCAUAAAAAAUUAUUACACUUUGUAGCUGAGAUGGUCAUACAUCAAACAAGUUUGUUGUCGAUAAAAGUAGUGAGGGGAAGAAAAAGAAGAAAAGGAAAUGAUAUGAAGGAGAAAAGAGUUAAGCAUAGCGAGAGAGAGAGACUUUAUGCUUGGAAAAUAUCUGUUUCCAAUGGUAGAGCAGAUAAUAGGAAUAAUAGCCUGGGUAGAAAAUUCAUAGAGAGAGAUGAUAUUUUGCCCCUCCAAGAGAGUUGUAGUGUCUGCCACCUUUUCAAUUUUCAUCUGUUUGCAUGCUUAUAUUAUUGUAGUUGUGAUCAAUGGGUUAUUUGUGAAUCUGGGUGCAACCAAACCCCUUAGUAGCUUAUUGGACUUUUUUAUUGAAAUCUGAAGGCUUUGCAGAAGGUAUUUAUCACUUGAAUUGUCAAGCUUAUUCAGAAGCCAACUGGUUUAAUAGUAUUGAUUAUGUAACUGGAUGUUUCUCCAAAGGUGUUUGGAAAGUCCAUGUAUUUCGUAUUGAUGUUUCUAGUUUGGUAAAUGAUAAUGCUGCAUCAUUUGCAUACAGUGAGGUUUUGAAUUCUUGCAAGCCAAAGUUAAUUCCAUGAAGUCUUUGGUUGGUUCUUAUCAAACUUGCUAAUGGUUCUAGAAACCUUUUGCAAACAAUAACAAAGAUAAUGAGCACCCUUGACAUGCACCACAAUGGUAAUUUUAAUGGCUUUAACAAGUAACAAUUGGUAAUGAAAACUUUCACUCAUGGGUCCUUAUAUAAGAUGCCAAUCCAUUAUUUGAAUCUGCCACUAAGAUCAUUUAUUGAAGGGUUCUUAUUGUUCUUACUAUAAUAGGCCAUGCAACCCUAUCAAAGCCUUUUUUGCAUCCAAAACAAAAAAAAGUGAUUUUUGCUUUCAUUUCUUUCUUAAUUCAACCAAUACUUCUGUUUUGUUAUAUUGUAAUUUCCUAUUUUUUAUAAAAUUAGUUUGAUCUGGAUUUACAUAUUUAUGUACACUUAGCAAUUAUGGCGGACCAUUUUGGCAUCUUAGUUUAGUGAAGAAAUUGGUCUAUACGUUAGGGGUAGUUUAGGAUCCUUAUCUUGUUUAGGAAUAAAAUUAAUUAUAAUUUCUGAUCAUGAAUCCUGGAGAUUUUUUAAUGAGAGAGAUGUGUUGUUGUAUAGUAAGAUGUUACUUUAUUGGGGAAAGGUUUAUCAAAUUUGCCGGUCAAGCCGUCUGGCCCAUAUGCAGUGAAAAAAAUAUGUUAUGUACCUCUUCCUCAGUGACUUUUGAUUCUAAGACUUGUGAGAACUUCAGCUGAAACUUUAGGCAUCAGAAUGUUUAGAAAGGCUUUAUCAAUCUGUUCUUGAGUUGGUUGGGUUUUCUGGUGUAUCUAAAUAUUGAUAGAAUUGUUGAAAAGAAUUUGCUAUUUCUGCUGGAGAGUUGCCCUUUUAUUUUUAUGUUGUAUAGAUGGAACUAAGGUUUUUGCUUGUCUAUCUUUUAGUUGAUAAUGAAUGCAAUUUAGAUGGUCUUUGUUACUAUGUUCAAACAAUUGUUGUUUGACCAAAUGUGUUUUUUGAAUUUUUCAGUUUGAAGUUAUUGAUACAUCAUUAUUAUGGAAUUUAAUAGUUCCACUGCCUCCAGAUCAUGUCUUCGUUUGUGAUUUAUUUAUUACAUUUAUAUACCACCUCUUUCUUCUAGUGAGUUUAAGGUGAUGUACCUGAUUCUCCUCUUCCCCAUUUCAUCCUCACAACAACCCUGUGAGGUAGGUUAGGCUAAGAGAUGGUGACUGGCCCAAGGUCACCCAGUGAGUUUCAUGGCUGAGUGGGGACUGUUUCUUUUUCUAUUAUUGUUUUGAAUUAAAUCUCUUUCCUUUUGGGUAAACUGUUUCCAUUCAUAUGGGGGGAGGGUUAAUAAAAAAUUAAUGAAUGUGGGCUUUCACUGCAUCCCAGACUACCAGUCAGGUUUCCUCUGGCAUAAUAUUCUGACUAAAAAUAAAUAAAUUCAAGAUGUUGUGCUAUCAUAUCUCUAAUUCUGCAAAAUGAAGUUGUCUAACCGCCAUUGUUUAUCAGAUCAAGCUUCUGCAAAUUAUUUAUUUAUUGAAACUGGGGGGUGAUUGGGUGGAUUCGAGUUUCAUUCAUCUUUGCUUAGUAUAUACAGAAAUAUAAAUUAUAAACAUGAGAAUAGAAAGUGCAAUUUUUAUCAGUAGGAUGGCGGAAUUUACAAAUUUAUGUUAAUCUGUGUUCUUCCACCUCUCAUUUCUUAUGAUGGUACUUUUAUUAAAUCCUAGAAACAUAGAAUUGUAGUGUUGGAAGGGAUCCCAGGGGUCAUAUAGCCAACCCCCUACAAGGCAGGAAUUGCAACUAAUCACUUUCCACUCUACAUAUUAUCACAAAUAUCCAGAGAACCAGCUUUAUCGUUUCUACUUGUGAAUUUAACAUCCCAUGCAAACCUUGGUUUAGCUUUUAUGUGUUUGUCCCAUGAAGUUCUGUUUUGCUGUUUGAGUUAGGUGGAUAAAAUUCAAUAAAACGCUUUCCGAAAAGAAUAAAAUAUCACCCAAUAAAUUAUAUUGUAUUAGGCUCAGUCACAGGCUACCUGGAGGGUUGUAUUCUGAUGUAUAAACCUGCCUAGGCUCUGAGAUCCAUGGGGGAGGCCCUUCCCUCCAUCCUGACUCACUCCUGGGCCUAUUUGGUGGGGGGGCGUGGGACAGGGCCUUCUCAGUGCUGGCUGCUUCCAGACAACUUUGGAACUCCCUGCCUAGAGAAGCUAGACUAAUUCCCCCUUAACUGACAUUCCACCAGCAGGCAACUGUUUCAUCCUGGCAGACCUUACAUUGAAUCAAUUCUAGAGUUGGAAGGGAGCCCAAUGUCAUCUUUUUUUUUUUUUAAAUGAUAUGUAUUAAAAUUUCAGAGGAAAAAAAAGGGGGGGAAAUUACAGAAUAACAAAAAGUCAAAAUACAAGAAAAAUACAAAAUACAAAAUACAGAAUAAAAAAAUAAAAGACACUUAAAAAGAGAAAAAAGAAAAAUGGGUCAAUCUUUCCAUAGCUUACAUUCAUAUCCUUGUUUCCCUGACCUCCUCAUACCUCCCUUUUUUGUAUUCCAGUUCAAUUAGUUAAGUCAGCAAUUUCUUUCCCUCUUUGUUUUCUCAUGAUCCUUUAACUUAAUAUACUAUAACUUUAAAUUUUCAUCUAUUAACAAUCCUUUUUUACAUACACCUUUAUAGCAUUACUGCUUAAACCACCUAACUUCAUUCCAACAUCAUUCUAACAUUCAUUAAUUUUGCAAUAUUUCUGUAAAUAAUCUUUAAAUUUCUUCCAAUCUUCUUCCACCGACUCUUCUCCCUGGUCUCGGAUUCUGCCAGUCAUUUCCGCCAAUUCCAUGUAGUCCAUCACCUUCAUCUGCCAUUCUUCCAGAGUGGGUAGGUCUUGUGUCUUCCAAUACUUUGCAAUAAGUAUUCUUGCUGCUGUUGUGGCAUACAUGAAGAAAGUUCUGUCCUUCUUUGGCACCAUUUGGCCGACCAUGCCCAGGAGAAAGGCCUCUGGUUUCUUCAGAAAGGUAUAUUUAAAUACCCUUUUCAUUUCAUUGUAAAUCAUCUCCCAGAAAGCCUUAAUCCUUGGGCACAUCCACCAAAGGUGGGGAGCCCAAUGUCAUCUAGUCCAACCCCCUGCGAUGCAGGAAUCUCAGCUAAAGUUCCCUGUUUUUAAGGAAAGGGUUUUUAAGCUUCUUUGCAGAGAGCUGGGCUAGAUGACCUCCUGCGGAAGUGAGUUCCAGAGUUUCACUCUGAAAAGAGGACUUCCUUGAAUCUCUCAAUAUUCAGUUUUGUUGGUUGUCUAGUGUUAAGAGAGAGGGAGAGAAACUUUUCUCUACCAGCUUCCUUGCUCAGUUUGCAAGCCUGCCCUUUCCAUUGAUGGAUCCAUGUGGAGAGGAUGUGAGAUGCCUCCCGGUCCCUGCAGUCACUGGCUCCUUACUGGCCUAUCUCCAGCAAUUGGGGGGUGUUUGACACGAGAGUUGUGGGCUCACUUUGACAUCUGGAUUGAGGGUGGCUGGUGGCUGAUGUACAUACCGAGUGGCAGGCUGGCUUUUUCCAUGUGGAUGGCAAAGGGCAUCCUUGUCAUUGACGGCUGCCUGGUUGCAAAUGUUCGCUCUUUGCUGCCUCUCCUUGCAGAGAUGAAGCCUCAUCCCUGAUCCCAGAAUGAGGCUUGCUAAUGAUUUCUUAAAGAUGCUUUUGGACAGUCCUAAGAACAUAAGAAGAGCCUGCCGGAUCAGGCCAGUAGCCCAUUUUGUGCAGCAUCCUGUUCUCAUGGUGGCCAAAUGCCCCUACGAAGUUAGGUAUCUAGAUGGACAACCUCUGAAGUGGUAGGAUCCAUAGGAACACACAAAGAGUCUUCUAGAUUGAGAAGUAUACAGUGAAGGCACCUGCUUGAUAUCAAUAGGGGGGAGUUCCCAAGUGCAAGUGCUGCCACCCUAAACAAUCAAGUUCUUACAAAAGAGGAUCAGGGAUUACCUGUAGCCAGUUCCAUGGACUGAAGUAGACAAAUAUAUGGAGUUAAAGUAAAGGUAAAGGGACCACUGACCAUUAGGUCCAGUCGUGGCCGACUCUGGGGUUGCGGCGCUCAUCUCGCUUUAUUGGCCGAGGGAGCCAGCGUACAGCUUCCGGGUCGUGUGGCCAGCAUGACUAAGCCGCUUCUGGCGAACCAGAGCAGCACACGGAAACGCUGUUUACCUUCCCACCAGAGUGGUACCUAUUUAUCUACUUGCACUUUGAUGUGCUUUCGAACUGCUAGGUGGCAGGAGCAGGGACCGAGCAACGGGAGCUCACCCCGUCGUGGGGGUUCGAACCACUGACCUUCUGAUCGGCAAGUCCUAGGCUCUGUGGUUUAACCCACAGCGCCACCUGCGCCAGGUCCACAGCGCCAGUGGACCUAUAUACGGGCAUAUAUAUGCUUUUGCAGGCAAACUGGUCCCAAGUUGUGAAGGACUUUAUAUCCUGAUAGUAACCCCAUGAACUUGACCCAGUAGUAUAUUGGCAACAAGUGCAGAUCUUUGAGCACAGGUGUUAAAUGCCGGCAAGGCAUGCCUGGUUUUGCACCUGUUGGUUAAACUGAACUAAGGCAGGUUCGUAAUGAGUUCAUACAAAGAAACUGCCACUGACCUGGGAUGUCAGUAAGGAGCAAAAAGCACCCUUGCCUGGGGGGGGGGGGGCUGAUUAGCUGUAGUUCUUGAAUUGCAGGAGAUUGGAUGGGUCCCUUCCAAAACUACAGUGUGAUUCCAUGAAUGCAAAGUGGGCAUCCGUAGCAGAGAGCUGCCCACCCAGCUGGGAAAGCCUGUUAGAACACAAAUGUCUCCCAGUGUUUCCAGAACACUGCUUGGGGUGCAGCUUGGGGAUGCCUGCCGCAUCUUGAGAGAGGCACCAUUCCUGAGAACAAGGGCAGCCAUAGUAAGGUGCUGCUCUGAGUAACAAUGGAGUGUGCGGCUUGUGGGAUCUUUGGUACUUGGAAGAGAGUUUCCUUCCCCCCACCCCCCCACCCCAUCCCUGAUCCCAUAGGGGUCCAAAGGUGCUCUGGCCAACAGUACCUUUUGUGGCUACUCAGCUGCGAGCCAUAUAUUCCCAGGAGGCAAAGGUCUUGAUCCGCUCCAUCAAAACCAGAAGGAAAAAGAGGAGGAUUUGGGGCUGGAGUCCACCUCUCCCCAUAGCUGGAGAAUGGUAGUCAGCCAGCUCUCUGGAAGGCUCCCUUGUCUCUAUAAAGAGAACAUUGCCUGGGGGUGUUUUGCGUGGGGCUGGUGCAAAAUGCGAAGAAUGUGCAGAUUUUGGAGUUUGUUUCUGGUUUGAGAGUUUUUUGUUCUUGUUGUUCUAUUCUUCCCUCUUUGCUGCUCCGGCUGCCUGACUCAGCCCAUUGUAAAAAGCCUGUAUACUUUGUUAAAAGCCCACAGAUUUAGCAUUGCAGGGGACUGGACUAGAUGAACCUUGGGGUCCCUUCCAACUCUACUACUCUAUGAUACACAGCGCUUAGUUAAACAAUGGAACUCAGUCCCCAGGAAGCAGGGAUGGCCAACCUGGAUGGCUGCAAGAAAAGAUUAGACAAAUUCAUGGAGGGCUAUUGAUGGCUGUUAGCCCCUCUUGUGGUUUCCAGCAACUGGUAUUCAGAAGCAUUGCUGCCCCUGUUAAGGCAGAGCAUAGCCAUUGACAGCCCUCUCCUCCUCCAUGAAUCCGUCAAAUCCUCUUUUAAAGCCACUCUCAACUGGUGGGUCCCUGACUCCUGCGGGAGGGAGUUCCGCAGUUUAACUAGGCACUACCUAAAGAAGGACUUUCUUUUACCUGUCCUGAAGCUCCUUGGGAAACAGUCGCUGCCUCCCAGGGUUGCUGUUGUGGCGAGUCAGCUAAGACGAGGAGAACCACCAAGCCUGUCACUUUGAGUUCCUUAGAGUAGCAGGUGGGAUAGAAAUGGAAUAAAUAAUUACCUCCCAACAUUCAGCUUCACUAGAUCCCCACGAGUUCUGGAGUUAUGAUCAGGCUGUGUUUUGUGUGUGUGUGUGUGUGUGUGUGUGUGUGUGAGAGAGAGAGAGAGAGAGAGAGAGAGAGAGAGAGAGAUUGGGGGUAGAAAAGAGCGAGGAAAGAAAAUCAAAAUAUCACCUUUCCCCCAGUGCAAUUCUUGCUCCCAUCCCUACUCUGAGGCUACUGGGGGCGGUGUCUGGGCUCCUCCCCGACUGCGCUGGGCCUGGCAGGCGACUGGCCGCCUGGCGAGGUUUUGCCUCUGCCCCCGCCCAGGCGCACCACUCACGCGCCUCAGCUGCGAGAGGAGAGCGGAGGUUCGAGCUCGCUGCAGCGGCGGCGGCACUUCGGAGCCGGGAUGCCCGGAGCCCUUUGCUGAGGAGAAGGCAGGUGCGUCCCGGGCUGGGGGGAGGGGGGGCUUGGAGGGGAGGGGGCUUCCCUCCCGUAUGAAGUUUGUAAGACUCCUCCCCCCCUCCUGGAUCUUCCCCUUUCUCCAAAGGGGCCAAGAGAAGAGGAGCAUCAGUGCCCGCCCCGGGAAGAAGAUGCUAGCAACAGCCCGGGCAGGUGUGCUCAGUCGGAUCCCCAGGAAGGGAAGAUGUUGUCUUCCCAACGGCACCUUGCUGCAGCGCGUUCCUAGGCUGGUAGCCCCCUUCUCUGGGCGACUGCUUUCCCGCCCCACCCCCAUGAUAGCAAGUUGGCUGGGUGCCCCAAAGAUGGGGAGGGGGGCUUCCCCAGGCAAGCCCACAAUCCCUUAACACAGUCGAAGUCGUGGGUAACCAAUGAAGCUGAAAGUUGGACUUAGAGUGGAUAAAGUAAUGCAUUUAAACUGCAACACUCCCUCCUGUGGGAGGCAGGUACGGCUACCUAUUUAGAUGGCUUUAAAAGAGAGAUGGACAAAUUCAGGGAAGAGAGCAUUAGUGAUUACUAGUAGCCACAGUCGCUAUGUUUUGCUUCCAUAGUCGGAGGCAGCAAUGUUUCUGAAUACCUGGAUACCUCAGGAGGGGAGAGGGGUCUUGCUUCCCAUGCAGGCAUCUAGUUGGCACUGUGAAAACAGGAUGCUGGGCUGGAUGAGCCAGUGGCCUGACCUAGCAGGGCUCUCCUGAUGUUCUCAUGGAACCUCCAGCUCCAGAGGUAGUCUAUCUCAAUUCUUAAGUUCUUUGGGGUAUGUUUUUAAGCAUUGCUUUUGGUCUCCAUCUGAGGAUUCUUCCUUUGCCCCCACCCUGCCCCCACUGAUGACAGUCGUUUAGAGCAAUGGAUGAAGGAUGGCCAGGGUUGGGCUCGCUUUGGUCCAACCCUGUCACACACAACCCUGCAAAAUGUAGCUGCCUCUUCUUUUUCGCCAGAAGCAAGUUCUCAGAAGUUCUCUCACCCGCAAGGGUGACCAAGAUCCUGGUUGGACUAGAUGACCCAUGGGUUCCCUUCCAACUCUACAAUUGUAGGAUACUAUGAUCCAGAGUCUAGAGCAGCCUUUCGCCAUCCUGGUGCCCUCCAUAAGUUUUGGACUGUGACAUCCAUCUGCUCCUUCCAGCACAGCUGUUUGGUCAGCUGAGAGCCAGCCAAGUGGGUGAAGACUGGAGCCCUCAUUCUCUGGACUCUUGUGGGUGGCAAUGAUCCAUAGGGUGCUCCUGAGACUGGGUGGCCAAGCAGAGGGAGAGUUUUGUUCGUUCUUUGCAUCACACGGCCAGCCUCUUCUGGAAAACGCUCAAAGCAGGGCAUCAGGCUCCAUUUGCCAUCCACCCUGUUUUUCAACAACCCCGCAAAGAAAGUCAGGCAGAGGAGCGGCAACUGACCCAGAGCCACACCAGGCAGCUUUGCGGACUGUACAUCCUCCCACUAAGGUUAAUGGCACUGGGGUGUGUUUUUUAAUGCCCGUGCCACAGCCUCAGUCCCUACACAGUGUCAGGCCAAUUAGUGCUUCUAGAUCAUGUUAUCUACACUGGCUGGCAGCUGUGGCUGUUCAGGAUUUUGGGCAGCAAACAUUCCCAGGCCUACCUGGAGAUGCUGCUGGGGAUUGAACCUGUAUGCAGAACAGGUGCUGUCCCCAUUCAGCUACAAUCCUUCCUCUAAAAAAAGUUUAUGGUUCUGAAUUAAAUAGGAAGUAGGAAGCUGCCUCAGAGCAACUGGUCAGGCAAUUGUUCCAUCUCGAUCACGACUUUCUACACUGUCUGCCAGUUGCUCUUUGGGGCUUCAGGUAGGGGGCUUUGCUGUCCUACCUGGAGACACCAUUGUGGAUUGAACCUGCAACCUUCUGCAUGCAAGGCAGGUGCUUUGCCCCUCUGCUGCAGCUAAAAAUAAACACAAGAUUCUAGUCCUUAUGGGUCUGAAUAAAGGGCUGAAUUAAACAGAACUAUAGGAAGCUGCCUUAUACCACUUCACUAGACCAUUGUUUCACAUUGGUUUGUACUGUAAAUUAUGUUUUUAUGCACUCUGGCUUCAGUCACGGUGCUCCGUUGUGCAAGAAGCGGUUUAGUCAUGCUGGCCGCAUGAGCCGGAAAGCUGUCUGAGGACAAACGCUGGCUCCCUUGGCCUGAAAGCAAGAUGAGUGCCACAACCCCACAGUCACCUUUGACUGGACUUAACCAUCCAGGGGUCCUUUACCUUUUUACCCUUUACCAGUACUAUACCCUAUACCAGUACUGACUGCCAGCAGUGGGUGUCCAGGGUUCCAGUCAGGGGGCUUUCUCCUAGCUCUACCUGGAGAUGCUGAGAUUGAACCUGGGGCCUUCUGCAUGCAAAGCAGAUUCUCUACCCCUGAGCUACAGCCCCUUGAAAUCUCUCUCUAGAGUCAUACACACACACACACACUUCUAAUUUGGCCCAUGGAGUGUAGGUCAGGGUAGUGACCUGAGCUUGACUCUCCAGCUCACACGUCUUCCAACAAAUCCAUUCCAGGUUUGCUGGGAAAUCAUAGAAUUAUAGAAGGGAACCCAAGGGUCAUUUAAUCCAACUCCCUGUAAUGUAGGAAUCUCAACUAAAUCAUCCAUUGCAGGUGGCCAUCCAAACUCAGUUUAAAAAGCUCCAAGAAAGGAGGUCCGUUCCACUGUCAAACAGCUCUCACCAUCGGAAAGUUCUUCCUGAUGUUUCAUCAGAAUCUCCUUUCUUGUAACUGGAAGCCAUUGGUUCGGAUCCUACCCUGAGGAACAGGAGAAAACAAGCUUCCAUGUGACAGCCCUUGAAAAUGGCUGUCACAUCUCCUCUCCAUCUUCUCUUCUCCAGGCUAAACAUGCCCAGCUCUUUCAGCCGUUCCUCCUAAGGCAUAGUUUCCAGACCCUUGAUCAUAUUGCUCACCUUCCUCUACCCACCUUCUAGCUUAUCCUUAUACCCCUUAAAUGGUGGUGCCCAUAACUGGACACAGGCAGAAUAUAGCGUUACUAUGACUUCCCUUGAUCUGGGCACUCAGCGUCUGCUAAUGCAACCUAGAGUAACAUUAGCCUCUUUUGCCGCUGCAUCACACUGUUGGCUUAGUAUAAGCUUGUGGCUCAUACUAAAACCCCUGUAUCCUUUUCAAUCCACUGCUGUCAACCCAGGUGUCCCUCGUGUUUUAUUAGUGCAUUUGUUUAUUCCUGCCUAAGUGUGGAACCUGACACUUGUCCACCUUGAAAUCCAUUUGGUUUGUUCAAUAGGGGCAAAUGUAAGGUUCUACAUCUAGGCAUGAAUAACCAGAUGGUUAGGUUAUAAACAGCACUCAAGUAGCCAGGGCUGGACUUAGAUGUAGCAACGGCCAUUGGACCAAACGUAGAAUCCUAAAUUGUAUUUGGAAGUGACCUCGAGAGUCAUCUAGUACAACCCAUUGCAAUGCAGGAAUCAGUGGCCUUUCUGUUUAAGACAAGGUUGUUAGUGGCUGUAACCACCUCAGCCCCUCAAAGGGCCUUGAAUUGCAAAGGUGAGGUUAACCUUCAAGCUAGUCACGGAUUUGGGGGAACCAAUGGUGAGUUUGUGGACGAAGUAGUUGAAUUCUGAAUCUGGUUUCACUUCAGUUUGGGUGGGCAGGAUCCUUUCUCCCCAGAGCCCUGUUGAGUCAGGAUGGCAUGAAGCUAAACAUGGGAAGAUUCAGGAUAAAAGGAAAUGUUUCUUCACUCAGCGCAUGGUUAAAAUGCGGAACUCCCUCCAGCAGGAGGCAGUGGUGGCCACCAACUUGGAUGGCUUUAGAAAAAGAAUUGGACAAAUUCGUGGAGGGGAAGGCUAUUGAUGACUACUAGCAAGGAUUGUUAAAUUCUUUCUCCCUCCAUGGUCAGAGGCAGUAAUGCUUUUAUAAAUACCAGUUGCUGAAAGGGAGAGGAGAAUGCUCAAGUGCUUUGGGGUUUCCUUUGAGGGCAUCUGGUUGGCCACUGUGAGGACCAGACGUUGGAGUACGUGGGGCACUGGGCUGAUCCACCAGGAUCUUCUUUUGCUCUUAUGUCAGAAGAUGCUAUAUUGAACACUGGAACUUCUGUGACCCAGUCUGUCUGCAACAGUGUUCCACAAGAGGGAUGGCUUAAAAAAAAAAAAAAAAACUGGGCAAAUUCAGGGAGGAGAUGGCUACUAGUCAAGAUGACCCUGUGAGCUUAGGAAGUGAGAGGGCUCUUGUGCUCUGGUCCUGUCUAUGGGUCUCCCAUUGGGGCAUCUGGUUGGCCACUGUGAGGACAGGGUGCUCGACUAGAUGGGCCCACUUUGCCCUGAUCCAUCAGGAGCUCUUCUGGGGUUCAUGCAGAUUGUUACAGUUCUGCUAUUCAAAACUGAAUAAUUCUAAACUUUCAGAUUCUAACACGGAGAAGAAGGGUUGAUUCACCAGAAUCACAGAAUUAGAAAGGACCCCAAGGGUCAUCUAAUGCAGGAAUCUCAACUAAAACCAUUCCUCACAGCUGUCGAUCCAUCCUCUGCUUAAAAACCACCAAAGAAGGAGAGCUGACCUUCCUUUCCUUCUAGAUUCCUUCCCUACCUCAAAAAACCAAGGCAAUUUAAUCUCAUUCUCACCCUUUUCUUGAGUCGGCUUUCUGUUUUAAGUGCCAUAAGGCCGGCAGCUAACUUUAAAUACUUGUGGGGGCUGCAGGAGGCGAAGUGUGGGGGAAACUCACUCCUAGGAAGGGUAUUUAUAAUCAGCAGGUGAUGCCAUUGGAGGAGGAUGGAAUUGGAAUAGGCAGCACAACAACUUAACUCCUAGUGGGGCAUGAGGCUUAACUGGGCUCAGAAGAAGGAUGUUUUGCAAACUUGCAAGACCUCCUCCUGCUCUCCAGAUGCGUUGGACUACGAUGCCCACCAGCUGCCAGGCAGCGCAGCUAUCAGAUGACCCUGGGGCUGGUGCAAUUUGUAGGGGAAAGUGUUGUUUACAGAGAACCAGCCUGACAGAAGUUGCUUUAGACCCAGGCAUACUCUAGGACUGUGGGAUUCUUUUUGACCUGCACAUAGUUUUCCGCCAGGCUCAAGAAAAAGCAAAAAUAGAAGGAAAGAGAAAGAAGUUGGGUGUUCCUGCUCAGUAGGUGGUGGCAUACCUGUCAACGUUUCCCUUUUUUUAAGGGAAAUUCCUUUAUUCCGAAUAGGAUUUCUCGCAAGUAAAGGGAAAAGUUGACAGCUAUGGGUGGUGGCAGCAGGGGUUGUUGCCCCAGUGCAGUGGGUGGCCAGUCACCUGCCCAGGCCAACCAUGAUAGUCAGUCCCCAGGUCACACAGGAGGCUUCUUUGGGCUUGUCCUGGACAAAUAUCUACUCUACAUCCCUGCAGUGUAGGAAUCCCAGCUGAAGAAUCCCUGACAAAAGGCCACCUGCCCUCCAUUUCAAAACAUCCAUGGAAGGAUAUGAUAAAUAAUAAUAAUUAAUAGUAAUACUUCAGUUGUGAAGCUCACAAUUUCCAUUUCUCAUCCUCCCCCUGCCAUGCUGCAUGAAUUCUGCCCCAUUCCUGCUCUCCCAGACUUUGCCACAGAGAGAAAAAAGGAGCACAGAUUCUCUUCUGGGCAUUUGGGGCUUUUCAUUUCUCAUCCUUCUACUCCCAACCCACCAUGGGCACAGACCUGCUGCGAUUCCUGCAUUGCAGGAGCUUGGGCUGGAUGACCCUUGGGGUCCUUCCCAACUCUACAAUUCUAGGACUCUGUGACAAUGGGGACAACAGCAAACACCAACACAGCUGUGCAAAUGCCCCCAAAUUACAGCUCUUCAGAGCAAAGCGAUCGGUGGUUGACCCAAAUGAGCACCUUUUGCCAGACAGCCGGGUUAUUUUUAUCCCAGCCUCCCUGUAUGCAGGGAAGCCCCAGAGCUCUUCCUGACAGCUUAACGCCCAAAGAAAUGGCCAAAAAUGCAAGCAGCUGCAUGGAUCCGUUAUUGUAUGCAUACACACUCUGCCCCACAGGAACAAUAGAAUCGUAGCGUUGGAAAGGACUCCCAAGGGUCAUCUAGUCCAACUCCCUGCAGUGCAGAAAGCACAACUAAAGCAUCCCUGGCAGACAGCCACCCAACCUCUGCUUAAAAGCUUCCAAGGAAGGAAAGUCCACCACCUUCCGAGGCAGUCUGUCCCGAGGGACUCCCUCUGUACCACUGUCGGAACAGCUCCUGCCCUCAGGAACUUCUUCCUAAUGUUCCUUUCUUGUCAUCUGAAGCUUCAGGUUCCGGUCGUGAACAAGCUGCCUCCAUCUUCCAGGUGGCAACCCUUCAGAUAUUUGAAGGUGGAUCUUAUGUCUCCUCUCAGUGUCCUCAUAUCCAGGCUAAACAUCCCCAUCUCCCUCAACCAUUCCUCAUCAGGCUUGGUUUCCAAGACCCUCCAUCAUCUCUGUCACCCUCCUCUGGACACCUUUCCAGCUUGUCAAUAUCCUUCUGCAGAGGGUCUUUUUGGGGUGGGGGUUGCUCAAGAGAUACACAAGUGGUCUUUAAACCUGGUUGCCUCUCCGGGAACCAUCAGAACAAAAGAGGGAGGGAGUUAUUGCAUAAAAAGCAUAAGAAAAGCUUGCUGCAUCCAGCCAGUGGCACAUCCAGCUUAGCAUCCUCUUCUCACAGCGGCCAACCUGAUGCCCGUAGGAAUCCCUCAAGCAGGACCCAAGCACAACAGCCCUCACACACACACCCAUGGUUUUUAACAACUUAAUAGCUCUCUUCUCUAUGGAUUUUUCUAAUGUUGUUUUAAAGCUGGUGGCCAUCACUGCCUCCUGUGGGAAUUCCAUAGUUCUUAACUGGGAUCAUAGACACUACCCUAAGGUUACCAGAUUUUUUUCAAUGAAUCCAGGGACACUUUUCAACUUCAAUGGAUUUUGUCAGGGGAUUGAUUAGUAAAUCUGGGGACUGUCCCCAGGAAACGGGGACAUCUGGUAACCUUACUCUACCCCAGAAGCCAGAGAUUCCCCAAACCAGCAGGGACUGGGUUAACAGCACAGCUUGCUAAACACAGGGAAAUAAUUCGUCUUCUAGCAAUGCUGAAGGGAGAAAAUAAAACACACACACUCACUUGCCUUCUAUUUAGGGCAGCAUCGAAAUUAGCCACCCAGUGGAGGAAUCUGGCCUUUUGAGCUGCCUGAAGGCUGAUCAGGAAUUAAGAGAGAAAAUAAAAAAAUUCUCCUCCUUGCCACCCAAGGGGGGGGUGGUCUGCUAUUGAAAGAUGAUUCCCACAGCCAGUGGGAAGAGGGUGAUAGCAGAGGCAGAUUUAGGGUAGUGGUAGGUGACUCCCUAAUGAGAAGGACAGAGACAGCAGUGUACAGAAGCAACAGGAUGUCCUGGGAGUUGUGUUGUCUUCCAGGUACAAAGGUUAACAACAGGGCAGAGAAGUUGCCGAGCUGACCACAAGUCACCUUCCUUUUGAUUCAUAGGGGGGUACUAAUGACACUGCCAGACACAGACUUCAACAUACAGCAAAGGGACUAUGAGAGUCUGGGCAGGAAGCUGAAGGACUUUUGAGCACAGGUGGUUUUUCCAUCACUCCUUCCUGUUGGAGGUCAUGGCCCAGGAAGAAAGAGGAAAAUACUGGAAGUAAACCACCGGCUGUGCAGGUGCUGUCGCCAGGGAAGGUUUGGCUUCCUGGUCCAUGGUCUCUGCUUCCUUAAGGAAGAACUUCUUGCCAGAGAUGGAUCGUACCUGACAUUGGUUGGCAAGAAUGCGUUUGCUAAUCCUCUUGCAAACCUGAUCAGGAUUGCUUUAAACCAAAUCCUGAGGGUGUGUGGGGGGGGGAACAAUAUUACAAACCACAGGGCAAUACCUGGUACUGGGAAUAAUAGCUUCACUGAUGCACAGGAAACUGAGGUUUCCUUCUAAAGGGCAGGGAACUACAAGAAGGAAGCAGCUAGAGGGAAUGACUCAAAUGCACAGAGCAGGAACACCAUCGGAGCGGGGGCUGAGGGCUACCUCAAAUUUUUGAGGGAAGGGCCCCCUCAAAAUUGUGUGACUCCGCACGACAUGCUCACCUCACUCGCACAAGCUGCAGGGUGUGCUGAUGUCACUCACACAAGCCGCAUGGCAUGCACACAACAUGUCAGCACACCCUCCAGCGUGCGCACAUGGCGUGAGAAUGCCCCAUGGUGUGGGUGCAUGACACCAGCACUUUCUUGGUCAGUGUAUGCCAAUGGGGAGGGGAGGGGUACAUUGAGAUGAGCAGCUAAUUUUAUUGUGCUUUUGAAUUUAUCCCAAAUUUUCCUGCCUGUUUCUCACCUCAACAUCUUGCAAAUUAAGUGUCUUCCCGCUUAUAAUACGUACUAAAAACCAUCAGUGCCAUGCUGAUAUAGUGGCAUCUAAGGUUGAUCUUGUCUGGUUCAUACACUGAGCCACCAGGUCCCAGAAUUUAUGCUCCCUUUGCUCAGACACUGCCAGCCCUAAUUCUUGCCACUGUCAUGUCACAAAAUUCACAUUUUUAUUCUUUAGAAUUUUCUUUUAUGCCACUCUUAUCUAACUCAUAUUUCCCUUAUUAAUUUCAGAAUGUUCUCCCCCCAAAAAACAACAACAACAUGAUAGCUCGUAAAAGAUCUUGUUUUGUCUCUUUGCAUUGCCCAUCAACUCACCUUCUUUGGUAUUCCUAUAUACCACUUGUAGCGCUGGGAUUGAUCAGAUAGCAUCUGAUGACUGUAUUAACAUACAGAAAAUCCGAGAGACCAGACUCCACAGCGCUGAUCACAAAAGAGACUGGACUCCACAGCGCUGAUUUUCCCAGCUUAAUUCAGUGGGGGGGGGGAGAGGUCCAACCCUCACUUCCUCAUCCCUUUAAUUGCUUCUUAACUGAUGGAAGACUUUCCUGGGAGCAUCCCUGUAAAUGCAAGGGGCUGAUAUGCUAUAGCCAAGUGUCUUGUAAGCAGAUAAUAUCAGAUUUUUGCAGGAGCAUUGUCAAAUCUUUGUCUCAUUUCCUGUUGUCCCACCGCGCCAGGUUCCAAGUGACAAGGGAAGCUCCACAUAGAGUGCAUUAUAAUAAUACAGUGUUUUAAUGAUUUUAAUACUAUUUUUGAAUAUAUAUAUAUAUGCAAUCUUGCCAUCUGAUUUUGAAGAGCAUGUAGGAACUGGGAUGCAUUUAGACAGCUGAGUUCUGGUUUUGAUGAUCCACUUUAAAUAUGGUGGAAAAUUGAGACUGGAAAAAACUACUGUUAUUUCUUCUUUGUAGAAAAUCAAGCGGGCGCCUUCAGACGAGGAGUGCUUCUUUGAGCUGCUGAGCAAAUUCCAGAGCAACCGGAUGGAUGACCAACGCUGUCCCUUGGAGGAAGGCCAGAAGGAGGCCGAAGAAGCUACAGUGGCCACCCUGGUGCCUGCCCUGGAGGAGAGGACCUGUAAGCUUUUGUUGACCUGCUCCCAGGGCCCUUGCUGUGCUGGGAUAGCUAUGUGUCCCCUUCUGUCUUAAAUAAGGGCAGAUAAAAGGAAGGAUAUCUUCAUGCAGCACUGCUAAUCUGCGGAUAUUCUUCCUGCGGGUACCAUUGAGGGUCACCAACUUGAAGGGCUUUAAAAAAGUAUUAGACACAUUCAUGGAGGAGAGGGCUAUCAAUGAGGCUAUCAGUGUUGGAGGGUUCAUGGCAGAGAGAAGAAAUUCAUGCAGCACAGUGUUAAUUUGUGGAACUCCCUCCCACAAGAGGCCAUGAUGACCAGCAACUUGGAUGAACACAUUCUGAACUCUCUGCUACAUUAAUACGUCUAUCCUUUUAUCUGCCCAUAAGAUAAGUCCUGCAGCUGGAUCAGGCCAAAUAUCCUGUUCUCACAAUGGCCAGCCAGAUACCCUAAAGGGAAACCCACAUGCAAGAGCACUCUCCCCUCCUGGGGUUUCUAGCAACUAGUAUAAUCAAGAAGAGUUUACUGCCCCCAACUGUGGAGGCAGACCAUAGCCAUCUUGGCUAGUAGCCAUCAAUAGCCUUCUCCUCCUCCUAAAGCAGUCCAAGUAGGUGGCCAUCACUGCCUCCUGUAGGAGGCAGUUCCACAGAUUAACUCCGUGCUGCAAAAUGAAUCCUCUCAACAUUCAUCUUCGUUGGAUGCCUGCAAGUUCAAAGUCGACACUUCCUUGCAUCAAAAUAUUAAGCAGGGGUUUGUGUGCUUGGAUCAAGAGAGGAAGCUCUGGAAAAAACCAGGCACAGGAGAUGCAGGCAGAGCGCCAAAGCUGCGAGGCAGGCAGGAGGCAGUGUUGAAAAGGUCAGGCUGUGUUAUGACAAGGAGCGGGGUUGAGCAAGGCUCUCUCGCUCCUAAAAAUAGAAGGAGAGCUUCUUGUCGUCCGUGCUGAUGCGGGAGCGCCCCUGGGGGCUCUUGCUUUCCUCCACAGGGCCCACACCUCCUCCUGCUUGCUUCAAAGUAUUUGGACACAUACAAAAGCACUGAGGGACCCAUCUAGUCCAGCAUCCUCUUCUCACAGUAGCCAACCUUGACAUCUGAAAGGGGGGGCAUUCCACAGGGGGAGCGCAACUACCGAGAAGGCCCUCUGAUUGGUUCCCUGUAACUUCACCUCUCACAAUAAGGGAAGGUCCUCAGUGUCUGGGCUGGACAAUGGAGGUAGAGAUGCUCCUUCAGGUAUACAGGGCUGAGGCCAUUUUAGGUCAAUGGCCAACACUUCUAAUUGUGCUCAGAAAUGUACUGGGAACCAAUGUAGAUCUUUUAGAACCAUUGUUAAAUGGUCCCAGCAGCUGCUCCCAGUCACCAGUCUGGCAGCCCCAUUUUGGUUUAGUUGUACUUUCCAAGUCACCUUCAAAAGUAGCUCCACAUAGAGGGCAUUGCAGUAGUCCAAAGUGUGUGGGGGGGAGAGAUAACCAGGGCAUUUACCACUCUGGAAGACAGUACACAGGCAAGUAGGGUCUGAGCCUGCGUACCAGAUGGAGCUGGUAAACAGCCGCCCUGGGCACAGAAUUAACCAGUGCUUCUAUGGACAGCUGUGAGACCAAAAUGGCCUCCAGGCAUCACACCUGGUCCUUCAGGGGCACAGUUACCCCAUUCAGAAGUAAGGAAUCCUCCCACCUGCCUGCCUCCUGUCCCCCAGAAAAAAAGUACUCAAUCCAGUGACCACCAUCCACCCCGCCCCCCAACUGACUCUGUUCACACAUCUAUCUAAGCUAGCGGGCACAUCUUAUGCCAGGAGUUCUGCAGAGUAACUAUGUGUAUUGCAAGCUGCUGAGCAAGGGUUGUUGCUGGGACUAAUUCUGAGCAGUGUGUUCCACAAGAUGCUGGUAUUUGCUGAUAAAAUCCUCGAUUACUUCAGAGCAAGCAACCUGGAAUAAUUUCUAAUCACUGCACUACAAUUUGCUAUCAUUAUCAUUAUCAUCAUCACAGAAUUAUAGAGUGGGAAGAGACUGCCAGCAGUCAUCCAGCCCAGCCCGCUGCAAUGCAAGAAUCACAACUAAAGAAUCCCUGAUAGGUGCCCUUCCAACCUCUGCUUAAAAACCUCCAAUGAAUCCUGAAUUCAUAGGGACUAGAGUCAUCUAGUCCAACCCAGGGUCUCCCCAGGGUUCUCCUUUUUAAUGUACUCAGUUAUACUGUAAGCAAUUUUUUAAAAAAAAUCUUUAUAAAUGACUUAGAUAUAGGAAUUGAGGGGGAUGCACACUGUAUUUGCAGAUGAUGCUAAACUGAGAGGGGAGGCUAAUACAGUGAUACCUUCAGUUACUAACUUAAUUCGUUCCGGAGGUCCGUUCUUAAGCCAAAACCGUUCUUAACAUAAAGCACACUUUCGCUAAUGGGGCCUCCCGCUACUCCCGCCGCUAGCGCACAACUUCCGCUCGCAUCCUGGGGCAAAGUUUGCAACUAGGGGCAUCUACUUCUGGGUUAGCGGAGCUCAUUACCCGAAGCAUUCGUUAAGGAGAACAGUACAUAACCUGAGGUUCCACUGUACCACAGAAGAUAGAAUGAAUUUCAGUGAGAUCAAAUGUCAGAUUCUGCACUUAGGCAGGAAUAACCAGAUGCACAGGUAUAGGUUGGGGGACACCUGGCUUGACAGCAGUGGAUGUGAAAAGGGAUCCAGGGAUCUUAGUAAACCACAAACUUGACAUGAGUCAACAGUGUGAUGCAGCAGCAAAAAAAAGCUAAUGAAGUUCUAGGCUGCAUCUGCAGAAGGAAGGAAUGAAAACUGAGCUUUCCAACUAAACUAUUAUGGUUAUGAUUAUUAUUUUCUUCAUUGGAGAUCUUAAAGCAGAGGCUGGGUGGCUACCUGCCAGGGACACUUCAGCUGAGUUUCCUGAUUUGCAAGCGGUUGGACUAGGUGGAGACCCUGGGGAUCAUCUAUUCUGUUUCUGCAAUAACAUUUCUUUCUUCCUGCACUGGCAGCCCAGUCCUCAAUGGCCUCCCCACAGACUGAGGAGCUCUUCGACCUCAUCGCCAGCUCCCAGAGCCGGCGGCUGGACGACCAGCGGGCCAGCGUGGGCAGCCUGCCAGGCCUGCGCAUUACCCCCAACAACCUCAGCCACCUCCGCAGGGAAGGCGGCACACAGCAGGAGCCAGGCGACGAGUUCUUCAACAUGCUCAUGAAGUGCCAGGUAUGUUUUGAGCAUGGCUAAUCACUUGACACCAUUAAACCCACUUCAGAAACUGUCAGUUCCCGGCUUUUGAAAAUCUUGGGGCUUAUUUUUUUGCUCUGUUCUUUUUUGGGGAGGGUUGAAGUUGUGGAAGGGUACUCAUCCAGCUCUGAAGGGGUCCUGUUCAGAGCACUGGUCCAUAGAACCACUGAAUUGCAAACUCAAGUGAAUUGCAGAGUUGGAAGGUACCCCAAGAGUCAUCUAGUCCAACCCCAGACAAUGCAGGAAUCAUCGCUAAAGCAUCCAUUGAUUUAAAAAUAUCUAUACCAUGAUACAUUUUUAAAUGUCUGAGUGCAUAAACGCAAACUCAUGUGAAACUUUAAAAUCAGAAAGAAUCUGACCAUUAUGGGGAAAAGAUGUAUUCUCAAUUGCUUGCAUAGGCCAAACAAAAGGGGACAGUAUUCCAGAGGGCAGGGCGGAUGACAUAGGAACAUAAGAAGAGCCUACUGGAUCAGGCCAAUGGGCCAUCUAGGCCAGCAUCCUGUUCUCACUUUCACCAAAUGCUGCUUAGGAUCUAGGAGUCCCGAUAGACUGCCUCUGGACCUGGAGGCUUCUAAGAAUGUCACAAAAGCAUUUCUAGAUCAGGCCAAUGGCCCACCUAGGCCAGCAUCCUGUUCUCACUUUCACCAAAUGCUGCUUAGGAUCUAGGAGUCCCGAUAGACUGCCUCUGGACCUGGAGGCUUCUAAGAAUGUCACAAAAGCAUUUCUAGAUCAGGCCAAUGGCCCACCUAGGCCAGCAUCCUGUUCUCACAGUGGCUAACAGAUGCCUCUGUUGGGAAACGGGCAAGGAGGAUCAAAGCACAAAAGCGCUUUACCCUCCUAUGAGUCUCAGCAACUGGGAUUCGAAAGCAUUACUGCCUCCAACUGUGGUGGGCAGAGCAUAGCCAUCAUGACUGGCAGCCGUCAUUAGCCCUCUCCUCUGUGACAUUAAAUGCUCAGUUUCUUCUUGUUAUAAAAAGAGCCGAUCAACAACACUCCUGCAGGUGAUCUCAGUGAUGGAGCUAGGAUGUUACAGUUUCAGGCAGUCCCUUAGACCUAAGAUGUUCAGGGCUUGACCCCAGCUCAGGAGAUGGCCACCAACUUGGAUGGCUUUAAAAGAAAACUGCUGAGGACUAUUCGCCACAAUGACUCUGCUCUGCCUCCACGGCCACAGGCAGCAAUGCUGCCGGAAACCACAGGAAGGGAGAAUUGGUGUUGCACUGGAAUCCUGCUUACUGGUUUCACAUUUAGGCACUUGGGCGGCCACUGUAAGAACAGGAUGCUGGACUAGGCAGCCAGAGAAGAUUAUAGCAUAGAAUCAUAGCAUGGGGCGGGGGGGGGGGGGGCGGGAACCAUUUGUCAUCUAGCUCAACCUGCUGCAAUGCAAUUUCUGGGCAGUAUUCCACCAGCUACUGGUCCUUGCUGAUAAGGUUCUACAUGACUUGGGAGCAAGUGACCCGAAGGACCGUCAGUGAGCGUUGGUCCCAAAUUAACUACGCCAGUGUGACGUGGUGGUUAGAGUCUGGGAGAUCAGGGUUCAAAUCUGCCAUUGGCCAUGAAGUCCAUGUUGGGGUAGUCCCUCACUCUCGGUCAACCUACCUUACUGGGUUUUUGUGGGGUGGGGGGAGAACCACGUAUGUCCCCUUUAGAUCAUUGGAGGAAAGAAAAUGCAAUAAAUAAACAAUAAUCCCAAGGAUCAUUUAGCCCAGCCUAGGACUUGCCGAUCAGAAGGUCGGCGGUUCGAAUCCCCGCGACGGGGUGAGCUCCCGUUGCUUGGUCCCUGCUCCUGCCAACCUAGCAGUUCGAAAGCACAUCAAAGUGCAAGUAGAUAAAUAGGUACCAUUCUGGCGGCAAGGUAAACGGCGUUUCCGUGCGCUGCUCUGGUUCGCCAGAAGCGGCUUAGUCCUGCUGGCCACAUGACCCGGAAGCUGUACGCCGGCUCCCUCGGCCAAUAAAGUGAGAUGAGUGCCGCAACCCCAGAGUCAGUCACGACUGGACCUAAUGGUCAGGGGUCCCUUUACCUUUACCUGCAGUGCAGGAAUCACAACUAAAGAACCCCCAACCUUUGCUUUAAAACCUCCAAGAAAAGAGAGUCCACCACCUUUGGAGGUAAUAAUAAUAAUAAUAAUAAUAAUAAUAAUAAUAAUAAUAUAAAUAAAUAAAUAAAUAUCCCGCCCUCCCCAGCCAAAGCCAGGCUCAGAGCGGCUAACAACAGUAAAAUAAUAAAACAUUCUAAAAUCAUUUCAUUAUAAAAUCAGUUCAAAUCAAAUUAAUGGCAACCAUUGGGCUAGAGUUCUGUGAGGAUUGCCAAAGGCUGUGCCUUGGCCAAAGGCCUGGUGGAGCAGCUGUCUUGCAGGCCCCUCGGAAAGAUGUCAAGUCCCGCAGGGCCCUAGACUCUUGUGAGAGAGUGUUCCACCAGAUUGGGGCCACGGCUGAAAAGGCCCUGGCUCUGGUUGAGACCAGCCUAAACUCCCUGUGGCCUGGGACCUCCAAGAUGUUUUUGUUUGAAGACCGUAAGGUCCUCCGUGGGACAUACCAGGAGAGGCGGUCCCAUAUUGUAGGAUCUGAAGGGACCCCCCCCCCCGCAAGGAUCAUCUAAUCCAAGCCAGUCCUAAACCGCCUGACUCUCUGCUCCUCUCUGUGAUGUCUCCCUCCUUCACUUCUUCUUCUCGUUCCUCCUCCCCAUCCCUAGUCCUCUCGCAUCGAUGACCAGCGCUGCGCAGCCCCCGAUGCCACCCCACGCGGUCCCACUGUGCCAGAUGAAGAUUUCUUCAGCCUCAUUCAGAGGGCCCAGGCCAAGCGCAUCGACGAGCAGAGGGUGGACCUGGUCUUGGGUGAAGAGGAAGCCGAAGAAGAUGAAGCACAGCCCAGCCCCAGCUAAGACCGGUCCCCCGUGCAGGGUCUGGACUGAGCCCUAGUGCUGUGAGGACGCAGGCGCUGGGGGGGGCGAGACAUUGGGGAAAUCUCAACUGUAGCAGUCCCGCCUCAAGGGAGCGGCUCUGAGCAAGGCCCAUUUCUUGGAGGGGGGGCUGUUAUCCUAGAGGUGCUGGGGGUGGACAGUUGAGUGUGCCUCUACCACCAGGGGUAGUCUACCUCUAAGCUCCCAGAGACAUUCAUAAAAAUGUACAGUUGGAAGAGUGCCCCUAAGGUUCAACUAACCCAGCCCCCUCCAAUGCAGGAUUCACAGCUAAAGUGUCCCUGACAGAUGGCCUUCCAUUGGUUUCAGGGAAGAGGACAGGAGCAGUGGGGGAGGGGUUGCUUUUCACUCCUUCCCACAUCUCCAAGCCCAGUCGAAACUGGAAAUCAAGCCACCUGCAGGAAUGUCUCUGCCAAGAUUCAAUAUAUUCACUAAUUUAUUCUAUAUACGAUGUGUGUUAGACAAUAUAAUUUUAUUGAGGGGAGGGGUCCUUUAUCUGCAUGGUACUUUCCCCCAUCCCCAUAAAAAUCAAAGAGCUGCCAAAUGAAUUCUGUGGGGGAAGAGGGUGCUUAUUAAACAUUUUUGGAUCACAAGGUCUUUUGGUGUUUUAUUUCAGCUUCCGACUCUGAAACCAAGACAGAGCUGGGAGGGGGUGGGGAGAAGAGUCUAAUUCGCACCACAUGGCAUUUUGGGGUGGGGGCAACAGAGAAGGGUCACUCCCAGCUUCCCUGCCAUUAUUUGGCAAAGGGCCAAACCACAUUCCAGGUGGCUCAAGCCAUCCCUUCUGAUGGAUCCUGAAACCAGAAUCCUCUCUUGGGAUUUGGCCACGAGCCCCCACUUGAAAUACUGUUUUGCCAUUUUUUAAAUAGCUGCUUCUCCUUACAAAAUCACACCUCACCAGGGUGCAACUUGGAGCCUGGCCCUCUUCUGUGGAUUUGGAGGCAUAAAUUGUAGGGUGCGGAGGGACCCCCAGUGGUCAUCCAGCUGAGCCCCCUGCAAGGCAGGAAUCACAACUAAAGCAUGCCUGACAGGUGGCCAUCCAACCAAUCAUGACAUCAAAUGCCCAGCAUAUGGGUGGCCCUGCCCAGCUAUCUGCAUGAUGGAGAUAAAAGAACAGGCCCACCAUGCCAAGCACACCUGGUGCACAGCUUUGCAUAUAAUUAGGGUUUUAAAAAAAAAACACCCUGACGUUCAGAACAUCAGAAGUGUCUGCUGGAUCAAGUCAAUGACCCACCUAGUCCAGCCACACUUGCCUGCCAGAAACCAACAAGCAAUCCAAACACAAGAGCUCUCUGCCCUCUUGUGGCUUCCAGAAACUUAUAUUCAGAAACAUUGCUGCCUGCAACUGUGGGGGUCAGAGCUUGGCCAUCAUGGCUAGAUGCCAUCAACAUCUCUCUCUUACUGCAUGAAUUUCGCUUAUCCUUCAAAGCCAUCCAUGUUGGUGCCAACAGCUGCCUUCUGUGUGAGUACCAUAGUCUAAGAAGGACUUUAUCUGACCUGAAUCUUCUAACGUACAAUUUCAUUGGAUUUCCACAAGUUCUAGUGCUAUGAAAGAGGAAGAAAAACUUUUCUCUCUCCACUUUGUCCAGGCCGUGCAUAAUUUUAUAAACUUAUCUCGUGUCACCUUUUCCUCACCUUUUGUCCAAGCUAAAAAGCCCCACACACUGCAACCAUUUUUCACUCCACCACCUCCCUUAAUCAUUUGGGUUGCCCUUUUCUAAACUUUUUCCAACUUUAAUAUCCUUUGUGGAGCUUAUAGUGUGCUGACAUUGCACUCAACACUGCAAGAGUCAAAGUACGAAGGGGUCAUAAAUCAAACACAAUCAGAUUCUUCCUCCAUCCUUUCGCCUGCGCCGUUUUAAAAAUCUUUUCUGAUGUUCUGCUGCCAUCUGGUGGAAAAUCUCACACCCCACACAAAAUACCUGGGCAUCUUUUCUUGAGGCUGCCAGGCCUCAUCUGGAGCAACCACCUGCUACCCUCCAGGGACUUUGGACCAUGGUCCCUCCCAUAAAGCAGAUUGCUGUAUUAGGAGCUGAUGGGAGAUGUGGUCCAAAAUGGCUUGAGGGCACUUAAGGAAAAAUGUUCACCGUCAAGCCAUUUCAAAAAGCAUCAAUGUGCUUGAGGAUUUAUGGCGCUUCUCCUGGAACAGAGCCAGGCCAAGCCACCCACACCCCUUCUUCUCAUUGAGUCCUCUCAGUUUGGGAAAGGUUGCCUCUCGUACCUUCCAUCUACAAGGUUGAGAGUAAUGGCUGUAUUGGCUCAGCACACCAACACCCUGCAAAUUUCAAUCAGAGAAGCACAGAUCUAUAAGGACUAGAAUCUAACUUUAUUUUUAGGCAAGGUACUGUAGUUCAAUGGCAUAGCAUUCACUUUGCAUGCAGAAGGCCCCGGGUUCCCUUUUGUUCAGAACCAUGAGAACUAGAAUAUUCCCCAAACCACAUUGUGCAGCCUCAGUCCUACUCGGUGGCCUUGACACACAUCUGUGCGAGUCAGGAGCAGUUGUGGCUACUCAACUGCUUCAAUCAGAAGAACUGGCACAACUACAGGUGCCACAAAAUUCCAUUUCUGCAUUUGUAAGACACUUCAUGUAGAAACACCUACACUUCGGAACUCCCUCUCCUUUGAUAUCAAGCAAGCACCUUCACUGUAUUCUCUUUGUUGCGUGCCAAAAACAUUCUUGUUUAGACAAGUCUCUCCAGAUGCUUAGAAUGUUGGUGUGAAUCUUCAGGACCCUUCCACAGCCGGCAUGAUCCCCCGCGCAGUGCAAAUUUUGUGUGUGUGUUUUAAAAUGCUUUUGCUUUUGAACUUUUGAACUUAAAGAAACAUAACACAAAAUCAAAGUUAUCCCU